AUGCUUUUCGGCGAAACUGUAACGUUUGGGUAAGACGCGAAUUCGGAUUCAUUAUAUUCUUUACUGGGAUAUGUCGAAAACGCAAAUAUCAUUAUUUUAUUGAAAUAACAAUAGUAAACAAAUAUUUUGACUGUGUUUUUGGAAAUUUUUCAAAAAUUAAUUGAACACAACAAAAACAAAAUUAAAAACGACGAAAUCGUUGUUUCCGUAAGCUUUCCCAUUCUUUCUACGUUUUCCCCCUAAAUUUUUUCCAAUUAUUAUGAAAACUCAAAAAAAAAAAAAAAAAAAAAUGACCUCAUUCAAAAUACGACGAAAAAUUUCUCCUGGCAAUUUUUGAUCGGAGCGAGAUUUCUGGUAGUAAAUUGGUUACAUGAAGAAGAAAAAACAAUCAGCUCACAUCACAGGAUAGUAAUACCAAUACACUCCGCUCAGAAUCUAAAUGAUAAGCCGUACGCAAGCCACUCAACACAAAAACACAAAAAGCGAAUGAAUUUUAGAUUCUGAGCGGAGUAUGGAACGUAUUGGUUUUACAAUGAUGUUUAUCACUAUUGUUUUCUUUUGACUGUACACAACUUUUCCACCGGCAAUUUCGUUCCGAUUUUCAAUUACAGUAAUUUUUCUGAAAGAAAAUCUGAAUGAGGCGGUAAUUUAAGGAGAUCCUUUUUUUUUUUUUUUCGUUUUCAUAAUAAAUGGGGAAAAAGGGAAAAUAGGUGCAAUAUUAAACAAAUAUUAAAGAAAAUAUAAAACGCACAUUAUGUAAUUAUUUUACCAUAAAAUGGCAUAAUAUUGUCGACAAAGCAACACUAUUAACCGCACUCCGCUCAGAACCGUUGCGUACAGAUGCCCAUUAAGUUUCCUCGUCCGCGUGUACGCCUUCCCGACUGCACGCCUGCAACACAGCGGUGACCCGCCCGUCGUGCGAAGUGUAUCUGUACGUUCGGGAUCGUUAAGGCCUUUCGAUCGUGUGAACGAACGUUCGCCGCGGUUCUCUUCGUCAACGGUCCGUGCGAGGAGAAACGCCGCCCGCGGGCCUUUCCAGCGUUUUGGCGUUUGAAAAUAUCAACCCGUAAACUUCACAGGUAUUCGCGGACCGUAAACACGUGAGUAACCGGAAAAUCGCGCUCGGCGCACCACGCUCGCCCGUCAGCAAAACCGCGUAAAAGUAUAAUGAAUUAUUAUUAUACGAGCGCGUGCGUGUAAAGAUUUACGACCGAUUACGGCGGUCUUUCGCCCACAUUUACACGCCGUUAAAAACUGCACAAAAACAUUAUAUUCGAUACGACACGGGCGCGUUAUUUCCAGUCGAAUUCGUCGCGAUAGUUUUUCUCUCUCUCCCUCUCUCUCUCUCUCUCUCUCUCUCUCUCUCAUAAACUAGCCCGUAUUAUACAAUAAUAAUAAUAAUAAUAAAAAACAAAAAAAAAACCGCGUCUUAAUAACGCGCGAGCGUUGAACUUUUAACGAGCUCCCGCAUAUAUUACGUUAUAGUUACGCUGUAUUGAUUCCUUUCAUUUUAUUUCACCAACAAAUCACUAUCAAUGCGGGUAUUUUAAGCGAAUUUUAUUUCGGCGGUAUACGAUCGGAUUUUUCCAACAGAAAAAAAAAAAAAAAAAAACCAUUCUCUUUAAAACCAUAUUUAAUUUUUACCCCUACUCUACGCGUAUCUUAAACAAGUACACACUUUCGUUUCUCAAACAGAAACGUCCUUUUUUUUUUGGACACAGAUUCGAAUACGGAAUAUUGUUUUUCAGCAUUUCGGUACGUAUAACACUAAUAUCAAUGUUUAUGUAUUAUAACAGUUGGGUUUAUGCUGGAGCAGUAGGGAAGGGUAAUAAAUUGCAUAUCUGUUUUUAAAUGACAGGUUAAUAAAAAAAAUCACUCUGCGGUAUUAUAGUGAUCGAGGUUUAUUUAUUCAUUUUUUUUUUUUUUGCUUCGUUGUAAUCAAGGUAACCCGUAAAUCAACAAAAAUAAAAUCGAUGCGCCCGCUUCAUUCGUUGUUAGCUCCUAGUAAAUUUUGUGAAAUUUCAAUAAAUUUUCGACAGGGUACUGUCGGGCGAAAAAUCCGCGCAUUUUUUCUAACCAAAAAGAAAAAAAAAAAAACGGUUUUCCGGCGAGAAACACUACACGUCUCGUCGCGGUGAAACCGAAAGCUACACUCGGGAAAUCUUGAACGCGAUAGUUGCGCGGAAGAACGUAAUGACAUUAUAUUAUUGUGCGCGUUGUAAACCGCACGACGGUUUUGUGUUUAUUAAUUCGCGGUACUUGUAUUCCAUUUUUAUCUCAUCACGGGCAUUGCUCGAAAAUGCUAUUGAUCAACGGUUUAGGCCGUUUUCGAAGUGUUCCGGUUCGCUUCGUUGCGGUCGGACGGUCGACGGUGUGCUUACCGUGUUGUCGAAAAACCGCAACACGCGCCGUUCUGCGUACCGGUCCGGUGUUCGCCGAAUACCGAUUUUUUUAUUAUUAUUUUUUCUUUCGUUUUAGUUAAUCUUUUUUUUUUUCGAUCGGUCUUUUAUUAUUAUUUUUUUUUUAUUUCUAGUUGUUAUCUGAUAGCCGGUUAGACAAUCGUCGAAAAUAUUAUUAUCUACGUUUUAGAUAUGAUUUUUGUUCACGUUGUUUUUUUUAUUUUUACAUUUGUUUUAUUGUGUUUUUGUCCUAUCGGCGGCAGUCACGGGUAUUUCUCGAAAAGGUUAUUUUAUCGACGCGUUUUAGACUAUUUUCGGAGUUUUUAUAAUUAUUUCCAAAGGCGUAGUCGAUGCAGUGGACAAUAUGUGCGCGUCACAUUCUGUCUCUAGAGUUACCAAAAACGUGGCCACUUGUAAUUUUUCAUUCUUCGACGAAUCCUACGCGACGGGAUAUUAUUAUAAUACUUCACAUUUAAAAAACGAACGGGAUACAGUGCGUUUGCCCGUCGUGGGAUUGUCGCGGGCUAUUAAAAAUAUCAAUUUAAAACCCGUCGGUAGGCGCGUUAGUAUUCGUAACACGGUUUGGCGCGUACGAGCGCGGCGCUCACAUUUCGAAUGUUCACCACUAAAAGCGACUAUUCGAACUGUAAAUGAGGAUUCCGGUAUGAAUAAUUAAUUAGAAUAACUAUAAUUAUUUUUUAUUAAACUAUUUUUAUUCGAAAAUUCAUACGCAAAAGCGUAUAAAGCAAGGAGGGGGGAUUUCUCUUUUGUUCCUGCGUAGCGUACCAACAACUGUCAAAUUACGACCUUCAAGCCACUCGUUCACUAAUGGUAUGGAAGUUUUACCAGUUAUCCGUCGUAAUAUUUCGGCCAGUUUUAGAAAUCGGAGUUGUCAUCCUUUUUACAAUACUCGAUGGCUUAUUUUCAAAUUUGAACAGUCUGCGUUCUUACAUAUACCUCCAUGUUAGAUCUAAACAAAGUACGUGAAUCUACUAGAGCUUGAAUUUUGAGGCCGUAAAUAUUUGAUUUGUUCGCGAUAUACUGACGAAAACUACACCUACCUCUAAAUCCCUCGAGCAAAAGUAAGUAUUUCAUCGAUAGUGCAGUUUUCUCCAACAGUACAUAUACAUCCAGGCAACGCUGUACAAAUCUAUCAAAUAUCAUUCGGAUUGCGGCUAGUUUGUCAUACAUUUUUCUGUCAGUUCUUGUAUUUAUAUCGUUGAACCUGAGUGCACGGUGCAACAGAUAAAAUCGGGUUUUAGUGGCAUGACAGCUCGAAAAUAUGGGGAUGAUUAAGGAUCGUCUGACCAAAAAUCGUUCAAAUUCAAAUGGUUGCUACGUCAUACACCUGCCAAGUGCAGAAGCGCGAAUAACGCUUUUAUUUCCUCUCUAGUUGUAUCAAGGCAAUCUCUUUCCCGUUGGAAAUUUGUACGAAUCUCAGUAAAAUAAAUAUUAGUACAUUAUUUACACGAAAACUAAUGUACAAAAGUAGUUAAAACACAAUCGAACAACGUUCGCGGUUAAAAAUUGCAAAGUCGAAAACAAAAUGUUAAUUCGACUGCGCCAAACAAAAGUUCAUUUUAUUUUGUUCUAAAGCAAAACUAAAUUUGACAAUAAUAAUAACGAUAAAAGUUCAAUGUUUGUAAAUAACUGUCGGUGUUAUUGUCGUUGUCCACAGUGGUGCGGCGGCUGAGGGAGGCGCCGGCGAGCAACAGGCGCAACAGUCUUCGUCUUCGGACCCGACGGACGUGGCGCGGCACAAGAUCGUGGUGAUGGGCGCGGCCCGGGUGGGCAAGUCGUCGCUGAUCACCCAGUUCCUGUACCGCAAGUUCUCGUCCAAGUACAAGCGGACCGUGGAGGAAAUGCACCACGGCCGGUUCACCGUGGACGGCGUGAAAAUCGACCUGGACAUACUGGACACGUCGGGUGCGUACGAGUUUCCGGCCAUGCGGGCCCUAUCCAUAUCGUCCGCGGACGCGUUCGUGCUCGUCUACUCGGUCACCGAUCCCGAUACGUUCCAGCAGGCGGCCUCGAUCCGGGACGAGAUCGUCAGUACUAAGCGCACGGUCGACGUGCCCAUCGUGGUGGUCGGCAACAAGCUCGACCUGGCCAACACCGACAGAAAGGUAAAAACAAAGCGUGAUUUUUUACAAACAAUUUUGUCUGUUUUUUGUUGAAAAAGUAUUCGACUAGACUGAAGAUUUCGGUGCGGAUUCAAAGUCUCGAGAACGCGUGAAAACGCGGGUGAAAAAAAUUCGGUGUUCUUAUUUGCAGGGUUGAGAUUCGGAACGGGCGCUAAUAAAAAUUCAAAUUUGCCGUCAUACAGUAAAACUCGCUGAAGACGCUCUUUAAAGGACCAGCUCUCUAGAGCGUCUUAUGUGGAAAUUAAAAAAAUUGAGUGAUUGAAAUAUCGAAUUUAUUUUUUUAUUAUUGGACAUAAUUUAACGGGUAAUACAUUUAUAAAUUAAUUAUAAUCACAUACAGAUAUUUUUUGCUAUUGAAUUUAAUUAAAAAAUAAAUACAUUUAUACAUUAUACACACCUCGUAUCGCAUGUAGGUAUAUUAUUAUUUUUAUUUUUUCUAUUUUAUCAUAUUAAAAAAAAUUAUCUAUUUUUGUUUGCUUAAGAUUCUGACAGUGCGUUUCAAGAAGAAAUGUAUCUAUAUUGUUAGCAUAACCCAAUAUUUCUUCAACAUUUUCUACAGAGGAUAAUACUUUUCGAAUUUCUGAUGGGUGUUUCUAUUUUUUAUUUUCGCACAACUACCAGAAUGUAUCGUAAAUUGCUGAACAAAAGAGCGUCUUAUCCGAUUAGAUAGACAAAAACCGAGCGUCUUAAUAGGUGAUCUUUACAUUGACUAGUACAGGAAAUGUCCAGGGACCGACGGAAAACAGCGUCUUAUGCGGGAAAGCGUCUUAAGCGAAUUUCACUGUAUUUGUUAAUAAACAAUACGUUUUACGAUAAUCACGUAAUGAAAUAUUAAUUAAAAAAAACCGAAGAAAUUAUUGACGUUAUCGAUUUAAAAACUUGGAUGCAUCCGAAUUUGGGUCGCGGAUCCGAGUGGUUUCAUUUUUUGUAAAAUACAUCCCCGUCGUUUAUUUUCUUCAUACUUUUCAUUUUAAUGGAAUAAUAUCUACUUGGAUACUUUUUAGUUAUCAUUUAUGAUAAAUUUAUUCACUUAUCGUUUUUGCCCACAUAGAAAUAGGAAAUUUUGCUUCAGAAACUAUAUAAUUCUCUGUUAAAUAAUCCAUAAAUUCCUUAAGUUUAUCAUGUUCCGAUAUUGUAGGUAUCGAAUCUCCAACUAAAAAUUUAUCAAUAACAUUUUUAUUUAAUAAUGGUAAUCUAAAUAAAUGUUUUAAUUAAAUUACGGCUGUAUUUCGUUUUCGUUCACUAGAAGACUAUACGAGUACACAACUAUUAGUCGUUUUCUAACUUAGUUUUAAUCAAAUUUGAAAUAAAAUUCUCUUUCCCCACUGUUUAAAUUAGUUAAUCAUAUAAAAUGGGAACCUACAGCUGCGGAUUAUUUUGUCGAUAAGAUUGCAGACGCACUCUUCGGGUUAUGAAAAAGAUUAAAAACGUUAAACGGGGCGCACUCUGUAUAUCCCCGUCCGUUAAGGAAUACUAACCGUACUUAUUAUACGUACCUUUUUUUUUUUUAUCGUGUAGGAACUAAUAUAUGUAUUUUUUUUACCCGAAAGGUCUCGUGUAGGAACCUUACAUUCGACUAUUUUACGGGUUCUCGGGUUCCGGAACCCCGGGUUCUUUUCGGUCCCCCGGUCUCCGGCCUCGUGUCGGGUGCUGGGGGUCCAUAGUACGCGUACUAUAGAAACACCGAACGAAUAAACACGCGCGCUGCAGUUUGAUAUAUUUUUUUUAAUUUUAUUUUUUUACAAUAUCGAACGUGUCUGCACAACUGCCGUACAACAAUAAUAAUAUAGACGCGAUGAUGUAUCGUUUUAUUCGCGGUUUCAUCGGAUCGUUUCGAAAAAUACCCGACUACGUAUUAUUUCGCCCCGCAGCCGCGCGCGAAUCGACAACACACAAUAGUCAUUAAUAUUUUCUUUCCGUUUCCCGUUGUGAUUUAUGGGACGUUUUCCCGUUCGCGCGACGACGUUUCCAGAGCCGUAUACGUAAUUAACUCGGCUUCCUAUUCGGUACGCCGAAAACGUUUUGUACUUAUACAGGAUGUCCCGCGGAGAUCCGACAAACGCGAGUGACUUUCCCAUAGUGUCCGAUCGGUAUUAAAGUUUUUAUUUUUAUAUACUACUACGAGCACAUAGGCUAUGAUUCUUGUGUUUUCAAUUUUUUCGAUUGAACUGCAAUUACAUCAUAGAAAAAAAAAAAAAAAAAACUGUUGACUAGCUACGAACCGUUAAUUGUCUACGAAUUUUCAAUGAAAAUUUUUAAUUGAUUUCGUCGCGACCAAUACCCAUUAAAUAAUACCAAUAUAGCUUCGUCAAUUUGUUUCAUAGCAAAAUAUUUGCUUGUAAACUUCAAAAAUGUUUAGAAAACGAACGGUUAGUCAUAUUAGUAAACGUUCGAAACGCAGACAUUUUCUUUCGAAACGAACGUUUAAAAUGAAAACGCUUAAGAAGGAGAUUUAGUUUGUCCGUGGAACACUCUGUAUAUUGUUGUUUCUCCGAUAUCAAUUAAUAUUAUUAUUCUCUCGUGCAAAACAAACGCUGUCGUCGUAAUAAACCGUUUCCUUAUAAUAUUUAUGAUUAUUACCUAUUUUGAAUUCUCACAUUUUGCCGUUCGCAAAAUUGUAUAAUUUCGUUUUAUAAUAAAUUGUUUUCGCCGUUUUAUUCGCGAUUUAUCUUUCCGUAUAUUAUAAUAUCCGGUGACGUUCUCGGGAAUUCGCGUCGAGAGCAUGCGUAGGUAUUUGUUAUUUGAUAAUUAAAUCCGACGUAUUAAAAUCGAAUACAUGCGACCAAUGUGUUCUUAAAAUAUUUUUCUCGCAUCGAUAACAUCAAAGCAAAGGAUAAGGCCAUGCCAAUCUACAAAAACAGAUGUGCUCAGAAGAAGUCACAAAAGCCAUCAUAAUACCAGUACUUACUACUGCUUUCGGACGCAACUUUUUGAACAGACUUCGUAUGAAUUGUUUAUGCGUCACGAAUUAAGCGAUUAUUUUAAAUUAAUCAUAAAUUGUUUCUAUAUAUUUUUUUAUAUUAUAUUAUAAUCAAUGGCGUGCCCAAAGGGGGGGGGGUUGGGGUUGUAUCUCCCCCAUUGGCUUAAAAAUACAACAAAAUAUGAGUAAUCUAAUAUCGAGAUAUAAUAUUUCCAAGAAAAAGCUUUAUGUAUAUUGAUUAGAAUUUGGCUUUUUUUUAUGGAUCCGAUUUUUAAAUUACCAAUUUCCAUAGUCGAGUUGGAUAAAGAAGACAAUUUAACAUUUUUUUCGUGAUUUUUAUUCGUUACAUCCCCUCACAUUAAAAAUUCCAGGGCACGCCACUGAUUAUAAUAUGUAUAACGCUAUAGCGUCGCCUAAUUCAUAAGCAAUUAAUAUUUCACGGGUAAAUCAAUUUGUAGUAGGUAUCUUAGUAUAUUACGACUGCCGACGUUAUAUAUCGUUUAAAAGGAACCGAGGACGCCAGUUAGGAGGUGCAAGAGGUUAACAUGUCCCUGUCCUAGAAAACUAUAUUUUCAUGUGGUUUUUAGUUAUAAUAAAUACAUUUUGCUAAUGAUAAUGACAAGAUUUACUGUGGAAGAAUUUAGGUUUAAUGGACCGUAUAUGUUCAUUAUUCAUAAACAAAAAGUUCAUCACGACACCGAGUUUGUUGAAAAUGUAGUUUGCAAAAACGAAAUUUAUAGUUUUUGUUUUAAAAUAUUGUUUUUGUUCACGUAUAAAAUUUACGUUUGUUACGUUAAUUUAAUAAAAGCAAUUUUGUUACUCUUAGUUUUUCAGUUUUUUAUUUUAUGUUUGUCACCCCCUUAGGUUUUGACAGAUGGACGCGCUUGAAAAUUGGGUAGUAGGUACUCUAAACCAACAGUGUACUAUAGAAGUGCGAAAAAUCGGAUUUAAAAACGUCAUACGAAAAUAAAUAAUAUUAAAAAAAAAAAAAUAUUCGGUUUUGUUCCGCGAUAUUAUAACGUAAUAAUAAUCGUGAUAAUAUCAUUAUAAUGGGCACUCGGGCUCGAAACGAUCGCGUGAUGUCCGAUUUGAACUUUGCGCGUGCGCGAUAUUUUGUCCAUGUACCGUUGAAAUUCGGCCAAAAAACGGCCGAUAAACCGAAUGCUACACCUAUGGGUACGUUUUAUUAUUAAGGAUAUCAUAGGUAUGUGUAUACUCGUGUGUACACAUAUAUAUAUAAUGUAUUUCAAUAAAACAUUCGCGAAUAUUGUUAUCUCGAAUCGAUACGUCCGCGGAAAACGACCAAUCAAUCAGCCUCCGUCGCAGGUGCGGCGGUCCUAAGCCCCUUUGAUCUGCCUUGACACGCGCGCGCGGAACGACCGCAAUUCGUCUCUCUAAACACAACACCGCGCGCAAACCAAAAGACGACACGCAUAAUGCGUAUAAUAGGUAACCUACCAGCUAUCUACUAGCUGUCUGCUGCGGAUCUCGGAACGAUCCAUUUGUCGUAUACGUAUACGACACACGUGCGGGUAUACCGAGCGCGCAAGAUAUACAAACGACCAUUAGGGGAAAGGUUUACAAAACGUAAACAGUAGAUACGUUGCCGUGACGUUAAAAAGUAAUUGAAAAAAAAAAAAAAAACAAUAUAUUAUAUACCUGUAUGUACACAAAAAACGUACGUGGGUGUAGGGCGUCGUUGUUGCGGAAUCGCAAAUUAUUCGUGUAGGUACAUGAAUUGCGCGACAUGUUUACGCGAUAUAACCGGUUGUUUUUUUUAGUUUUUUAAAAAAAUCAUAAUUUUAUUUUUUGUUAAUUUAACGUUUUUGUACAGGAAUAUGUUUCUAUCCCGUCCGCGGCAUUGUCCGUUUAAAUACGAAUAAAACGCACACUCGCACUGCGGGCACUUACAAAUAAUGUGAAUAUUUUUAUGAUACGGAACAGUUAGCGAUAUUAUAGGACAAAUGCAUGGAAAAAGGAAGUCUGUUAAAGAACUGCGUGUGGAAACGGACUUAUCGCUCGCGAUAGGCCAAUCGAUGGCUGGACGAUAUUGUUAUUAUUAUUAUGAAAACGAACUGUGAUUAUGAAGUUGUCAACGCAAGUGGAUAGACGUAGUGGACGAAGACCGUAAAACUCUAUAGGAAUACGAUACCAGAAGAAAAUAGUUAAAGACCGGGAUUUAUGAAGAAGGGAGGGGAGGUAUUGAUCGAUUCUGAGUAAGAAGAAAUAAUAAGAGUAAAAAGAAUAUAUAAGCAUGUUAACAAUAUAAUACAUCGUUUAUCUAUUCCUAAUUUCUCAGAAAACAAAACGACUACACAGUGAAGCUGAUACGAGUGUAUUGAACGUUAUUUUCAAAAAUAACAAACAUUUUAAUGUUUAUAGUUAGUGUUUGAAAAUUGUAUGAAAUAUGUUUUUUUUUUCAAAUUGUUAUUAUUUUUAUUUUUACCCAUCUACAUUCGUGACAAUUAUUAGUGAUUGUUUUCUUCGAUAUUUCAAAUUUAUAAAGAUAUUUACAUUUUUUUUUUAUCGACAGAAAAAAUACACACUAAUGUUCAAAUGAUACAAUAUCAUACAGAAUACGCAUGCGUUACAAGUCACCAAUACUAAAGGCUUUUAAUUUUAUAAUAAAUAAACCGAAAGACGACCCUCCUUCCCCAUCAGCACAUGCUGUAGGAUCCCCUCGCUGUCAAAUAUAUUCUUACUGAAUGUAGAAUAUUUAACGUGGACAGCAGAAAAUAACAAAGAUCGGACCACCUAGUGGAAACAUUAAACCUUGCUCAUCCAAUUUCUAUCGGUAACACAUCUCAUCAACCGACUGUAACUAGCAUCCACAAAUAUCCACAUUACAACUAUACCUACAUCCUUAUCUAUCCUUGUUAUAUAGUUAUUCACCCUGUUUUAUUUUGUUAUUUACCAUUGUUAACUUUUUUGUAAUCUAUAUGUUUUAAUAUCUAUACAUUAUAUUAUGUAAUUUUACGUCCAAUAGCCACUGCAGCUAUAAAAAAAAAAAAAAAAAAACGGUAUACGAUAUUAUUUUAAUAAAUUUAUUAAAUAACGAUAAAAUAUGAUAAUAUUAAUAAUUUAUUAUCUUAAAAAGCAAUAAGACAAUAACAGACAACAGUGGCAGACAACUUAUAAAUUAUAAUACUAAUAAUAUCACCAUAUCAUCAUCGUCGACGAUAAGCGUUUCCUAGAAGAAAAAAAACAAAGUUUCUAGCUAUAAAUAGCAUAAAUAAAAAGUCGAAAACAAGAACAUAAUAUUAAAAUAUAGAUUGUAAUAAAAAAAAAAUUAAUGAUUCAGACUUCAAACACUAUUCUUAUAAUACCAUCAGUACUCGAAUUAUUCAAAGAAAUCAAGAAUCAAAAAAGAAUGACUACGAGACUCGAAAAUAAUCAACGUCUCUUAUAGUAAUGAUUGUACUCAACCCAGCCCGCGGUAAUCCAUACCACGUCGUGUAGUAUAGUCGUAUAGUAUUCCGAAUUCGAACUAUAAUAAAUUCGUGAAAAAAAAAAAAAAAAAAAAAUACAGAAUAACUGCAGCAGUAACAGCAUCAGCAGCAGCACAGUUGUCGAGAAUAAUAAUCAGUUUUUCUUUUUAUAUGCAAUUAUUAUUUUAAAAUAAUAAUAAUAAUUACAAAAUAUCGUCUACCGAUAUUAACGAAAUCAGCCCCGAAAAAAAAAAAAUUAUCACGACCUUCAUUAAUUUUUAUCGAGGAAGUCGAUCGACCGACCGUCGUCGCGUAUAAUGAAUAAAAAUUACCAAAAAAAAAAAAAUAAUAAUAAUAAUAAUAAUAUUAUUAUUAAUGGUAGGACACGCAGAAAAAAAAAAAGAAAAAUCGACGAGAGUUUUUAGAAGGUUGCUCGGAUACUUAUUUUUGGCGUCGUAAAGUAUAUUUUAUUAUUAUUAUGUCAUAUUUCAGUUAUUUGAUUAUUUCACAUUAUCGCUGCAAGAUCAUUGGAUCGCGUUAAUGACCUUGUCGAACCUUGAGUUUUUAACAGUAUGCGAUUAUAUUAAUGUGCUCGCGAACAGCAUAAUAAUAUCGUGCCAUGACUUUUGGAAUCCAAAUCUGGGGAUCGACCAAAGUAUCCAAUCUAAAAUUAUUCCAAUCUUUCCAGUCUAUAAACGUACGUCUAUUAACCGAAGUUCCGUGGUACGUUAACAGUAAAACUCUUCGUAAUUACCUCAAUAUUCCUACUCUCUCUGAACUUACUCUCUUGAACUCGUAUUCCCACUCACUAUAACAAAUUCCACUCCAACACCGUAACCCACUCAAAUCCACCAAUAUCAGAUCUAUCCUUCCGGUCGCUUAAAGGGUAAUUGCGGCCACGUGAUCAUAUCUCCUAAACGCAUAAUUUCUAGUAAAAAGCAAGGAAAAAAAAUUUUAAAUUUAAAAAUUCAACUACUUUCAAGCUGAAGUAGCGUCACUGGACGCCCCCUUCUCUCGAGCCGUCAAACCCUGUUUAAUAUACUAUACAUACUACUUAUUGUAUUUUUUUAUAUACAGAACGUAAAUAUUCUUCUAAUAAAAAAAAAACAUAAUAAUAAUAAUAUUAAUAAUAGCGUGUUUUAUUAUAGUCUUAGAAUAUUUUCUUGUUUACUGAUAGAAAUAUAAUAUACGGGAUCUACCCGAUUUGUGAUGCUGUACGUUAACAAAUUAGUCGAUUAAAAAUCCUUUCUAUCGACUAAAAAGAUUUUAUUCCGCACGACGGACGGACGAGUAAUCACGUGGUUGACAAUCAAAUUUUCAAAACGUGCAGAACAUUUCCACCGAACGCGCUGUCACUUAUCGAAUAUCCAAAAUUAUAUAAUCUACUCGACCGAUAUGUCACGAAUAUAGGUAAUAAUAUUAUAAUAUAGUUUAGUAAAACCGUAAUAUGAUUAUAAUUCAAUAUAUUAUUUGAAUCGACCCUUCUCGUAUCGUUCGCCGUUAUUGUAAUUGACACAUCACAUAAAAUAUAUUCUUUUCAAUAAAAAAAAAAAAAAAAAAAAAACCCUAACAAACUCGAAAAUAUAAAAUGUCUAUAAAGAACUCGAUAAUCGCCAGGUUGUUUUGAAAGUUUGACCGCGUUUAUAACAGACUAAUAAGUUAUAGGUAUUACGUGAACAUUUCGGUCUCUACAAUUAUUUCCAAUCGAAUUACAACAAUAAAACAAAAUCGAACAUAAUGGAAUUGCCGUAAACUUUCUCGGUUUUCCAACGUUUUUCCUCGGUUAUUCCCGCGUAUUAAGAAAACUACACGGAAGAAAAUCAAGAAAUUACCUCCUCAAAUCAUUGUACAAAAUACAUAAAUUUGAUUUCAGAAAAACUGAUACAUUUGAAAACUGGAGCAUAAUAUACCUGUUAGAAGAAUUGUUCACAGGCACAAAAAAGAAAGGAAAAAUUUUAAAUGUCAGUACUUUGCUGGUAAACGUACGUCAUCGCUAUACGUACACAUGAUUUUAGUUAGGCCUGUUAGUUAGUUUACCUGUUGUAGGUAGGAAUCGAGUAUAGGAAUUACAAGAAAAUUUAUUUUAUUUUCGAUUGAUUGCGUGUUUUAUAAAUUUAAAUUAAACACGAAAUUAAUUUCUAUAGACAAAAAAAAAAUAAAUAUUAUUGCAUUUUUAUAAAGCCGAAAAUUUGUUGUGCAAACAAACGAAAAAUAACUACGUAGAUAGUAGGGAUAUACAUGGAAUUAUGUGAUUUUCACGAUUGUUUUCAAAAUUUGAACUUGAACGUUUAUGAAAAAUCGUGACUACGAAUUUUCAAUAUUUUUUUAAUGCUACAUAAGAACAAUUUGAUAUUUUCUGUUUUCUAUUGCAUGUAAUAAGACCCUAGGGGAGACUCGUUAAUUAUUUAUUCGAUUGCCGCGAUGGUUUUAAUUGAUUGACACGAAAAUAACAAUGUUGUUCAUUAAUAAUUGUACCACAGAUGAUGUUCACCGAUUGUAAUAUUGUGUAGGUAUCCAGAUUGCAGGACAAAAAACGCGUGUCCGUAGGCAUAUAAUACUGUGAUUGUUUUAUAAAUCGCAAAGCCGGCGGCUUUGGAAAUGACACAAAUUGCUGACACCUAUGGUUGUUGGGCCGAUAGAGGUCCUACACCUGCUGGAAACUAUACUGGGAUUACGUAAAGUACUCCCUUUGCCGCGAAUUUAAAGCGAACAUGGAAAGAAAUCCAAUCGAUUUCCUAAAUGAAAAUGCAAUAAUAUUUUAGUUGUAGUGAUAACUAUAGAGCAAAAAUUUGCUUUGCACUGAAACCCGAGGCCAUAGUCAAUAAUAACCUGAUAAACCCGUACUAUACAGUUUUAUAAUAAAGUUUAUUAAUAUUAUUUUUUUUUUUUAUUUUUUUUUGGUAAUAUUCUCGGCGUGUAACGUCAGAAUUUAAAAACAAAAACCACACUUUCGGGGCUUGAAGUCUAUACGAACUAUUCCUUAGAUUCGCUUAUUGCAUCGCGGCAUACAAUACGAUUUGAAAUGAAAUUUACGAAACAUUUUUUCGUUCUCCUCGAUAUUUAUUGGAUACACAAUAAUAGACGUGUAUGGGACGUUACCGCCGUCUUGCGUUGUGAAUCGAUUUAGAUACACGUGGGAUAAAACGCGGUUCGUGUAGGACAAAUCGAUCGGCAAUUUAUCGGGAUUUAUACUGGGUGUGCGUACCUACGGCGCAGGAAAUCAGCUAACGCGCGAUAACGCGACUUUUGCCAAUUAUAUACCGCGGGCGCGGAACGGCCGCGGGGUUCAAAGAAUAUAAACUUAAUAGCGGAGGCUUUAAACAUUUUAUUGGGCGCACAAAGAAAGAUAAUAUACCGAUACAAAUUGACGGACGGACGGUUUUCGCUGGGCAGUGCAUGAUACGAUAAUAAUAUAAAGCCUUCAAACCCAUUAAGGAUCGACGAUAACGGGAAAAAGGAAAUUUAGCUUGGGAGAUUUACCAUCUACUGCGCGGGCCCCUCUCCCCUAACCCUAACCCCCUUACCCCCGCGCGACUUUCUUAAGCUGUCCAUAUUCCAUAGUUCCGCACAUAUUCCGCAUAUUCCGCAUAUAUUGUCGCAGCGGCUAAAUUAUUCGGACCUAAUCCGUCUUGCCGACGACCGGCGGCGGCGAAUAACCUCGUUGAAAACAAUAAAAUUGUCUUUUCCGUUUACGGUUUUACCGGCGUUUUUUUUUUUUUUUUUUUUUUUAUCGAACGCCACGUUUUCCCGCUGCACAGGGACAAGUAGAAUAAUAACGAUGGAUAUUAAAAAAGUAAUAAUAAAAAAAAAAAAAACCCCAUCAAUAACGUAAAAUAAUAUUUUCCGUUGAAACAAUAAUAAGUAUAUAACGAUGCGGGGUUUAGUUUUUUUUUUUUUUUUUUCAAUACUACGAACCCGUUUUUUUCAUCAUCGUAGAGGAUUACAAGUAGACCGAAUAAGUUUGCUCCUGAAUAUAAUAUUUUAUAAUUUAUACUGCCACGUGUGUACAUAAUAAAUUGUAAUUUUCUAUUUUUUUCGGAUAAUCACAUACUUGCUUGAGGAUGCUGGGUAUUAUUUAUGAUAAUAGCAACGGUCGUGUUUGAAUAAAUAAUAAAUAAUGAUAGCAUUAAUACUGAGAUUAUAAUGCUCCUACUCCUCCUCCUCCGAAAAAAAAAAAUUGUUUUAUUCUUCUAAAGAUUCAGAAUAAUUAUCCUAUAAAAUUCGUUAAAAAAUGAUAAUAUAAAUAAAAAUUCGUCCAAAAAUGCAAUAUCAAAUGCUUUCUUAUUUAUGUCCAAAAAUAAAUGAACGAAUUUAUAACGAAAAGAGUACCGUGCGCGCGACUUCGCUUAGAUUUUAUAACGAAUACUAAUUUUUAAAGGAGUGCGAUAGAAAGAAAAUGUUUGUAUAUAAAUACGUAUUAAAUCGUUUUGAUUCAAUGAAGUUAACUUUAUUUUGCCUUUUUUUUUAAUUUUACCACAAAAUGUGUUUUUUUUGUUUUGCUUUUUUCCCAUUUGAUCGGUUUUUUCUUGAUUUUUACCUAAUUUUCAAAUAUUUCUAUACACAGAGUGAUUCACUCAACUAGAAACACUUAUUAUCUCGGAAAAUAUUAACUUUUAUCCGAAUUUUUUUGUCACACUUAUUUUUGGGUGUGAAACAACUAUCAAAAGUAGAUACUUUUGAUUUUUAUACGGAAACCUAUAUUAAAAACGCAUUAAAUAGACGGAAAUAGUUAAGAUAAACUUUUGAUUUCUGUCAACCUGUUGAUGAAAUAUAUUCCACUUUUAAGUUUGGAUAAAAUAUAUAGAUUGCCAUUUGAAAAUUAAAAGUGCAUACUUAUGUAGUCGUUUUAUCACCAAAAAUAUGAGUGACAAAAAAAAUGUAUAAUGCAAUAUUUUAGAACCAUGUAUAUUAGUUUCAAAGAUUUUCAAGGAAAAAAAUUUCCAAAAAAAUUUAAUACUGUAAUAUGUAUAAAAAUAUGUGAAAUUUUCACGAAAAUGAUGUAAAAAGUAAGAGAAAAAGGACCAAACAUGAAAAAAUCAGGAAAAAAAUGUUGUCGGCUACUUAAAACGUUUUUUUUUUUUUUUAAGGUUUAUUUCUCUAUAAAAUCCGAGCCCUUUUAAUAAUGCUCUGUACUGCCGUCCAAAAAUUAUUAUUCAAUAACGUGUUGUACGAUAAUAAUAUUUAAAUUGAUUUUAAAUCGCUACUAUGCUAAUACGUAUAUAAUGUUAUUACAUCGGAACAAAUUGAAAUAAAUCGUUUCUAACGGACAGACAGGUGCGCGCCGUACACUCACAUAUAUUAUAAUAAUAUUAUAGACGCUACUACUAUAAUAAUAUUACAACGGCGAGUAAGGAAACCGAACGAGAGAGUGUUCCCGGGUUCCGCGUAUAAUAAUAGGUGCACAAUGUUCGUAAUAAUUUACUAGUCUAAAAUCAAUAGGUUGACCCGCGAUAAUUCAACGGUUAUUGUACCGGGUACACGAAAGCACGUCUAUAAUCUGCGGAUCCGCGAUGAUAGUGUUAUGAUUUAUAAUUCGCAAAACCGAUAACCUAACCCUCAACUAGGUCGUCUGUUUCGAAAUAACAAUACGGGCUUUUGAAGAGAACGAAAUGCCAACUUUAUAUCACCUAUACUAGGAUUUCGAGGGGAAAUAAUAGAACGGACGGAGAAAUCUACUUAGGCGGGUUUUACAAAAGUAUCUGUCUUAAAGGUGUUCUUUUAAAAAGUUUUAUUGCGCAGGACACUGUGUGGCUGACGGUCGUCACAGUUUGUGUACAAGUAUUUUUUUCACAAUUUUUUUCUGCAGCGUGGUCUUCUUCAGUCCGCGAGUCAAGGCCGUAUUUAAGAUACAUUGGCCCCGACGUUAACCUGUAGUGCAAUACCGUGGGUACAAGAAUAUAUUCAAUACACAUAGAAAUAUUUAAUAUAGACAUAUAUAUGAGGGUGUUUCAGAAUUUUUUUAUUUAUAAGGUAUUCUUCUUCUUGUGAUAUUGUGUUCUUUAGAGCAUAAUAAAGUUCCCAAUUUUUUUUCAUAUUCUGAAAAAGUCGCGAGCAUCGUUUUUAUGAAAAAAGUUAAUUAAAAUAAUUAUAAUUUUUUAAAUUUAAUUUUAAAUUUUUGUUUCGUACAUUUUUUCGCAUUUGGUAUUUUUGUUCGAUGCAUUUCUACAACUUGUAGUAAAUAUUGUUUUUGACUUACUUGUUUUGUGAGAACUGGAUUGAAAUCUUGCGCCAAUGCAAUACCUCGAUCCGCCAAAUCAUUGACUACGUUCCAACUUUGGACUGUCCCCUUAGCUUCAAUAAAUUCUGGAUCGUACUCCCGACUACUUGGAUGUUUUUUUCGUGAAUUUCAUUAAAAAAUUGCUUGUUUAAAAUAGUAUUUUUGUCUACUUUAAAUCGAUAAUGUUGAUCAACUGUACCUUUUCGGUUUAUAUCUGCGACAAUUUCGAGAAUCGAACAAUGAUAAUCCCGAAAGUAACUCACUCAAAUACCAUAAUUGACCAGAAAAUUGUUUAAACGCAAGUUCAGCUAUUUUCUUAUUGGCAUUGUUGUAUUGCACGAGAUCUGUCAACAACUUAAAGUCAUUUAAUGGUGCCAGAUUUGGACACUGACAAGUGUACCAAUUUUUUAAAUAAACUCGAGGUAUGAAAAUAUUGAAUUGACGAAGAUCAUUAAUUGGACAAAAACUCCAAGUGUUUUACCCGUGUUACUGGCUGUCGUAUCGAAACCCAUAGAAGUUACUUGAUUUAAUAAACCACGAUCCUUGAUAGACUCAUAUACAGAAUUAGCUUAAUAGUCUCCGGUUUCUAAUGGGAUUUCUGGGACUCCAAGUAGUUUGAAAAUACCUCCACAAGAAAUUAAAAUUGCCAAUCGAUCAACUUUUUUCUUGUUAGUCAAAGGUUGCAACAUUUUACUGUUCCAAUUUAUUGUUAAAUUUGACUCAGAACUAAAUAAAUUUUUUAUUUCUUCAGAGAAUUUUUAACGUACUUCUAAUCUUCUUCGCCAUAUAGAUGAAGCAGACCAGACAGCAUUAUUUACAUUUUCCUCUGUGUUAUGUGAUCCAAGAUAAGAACCGACAAUGCAUGUUACGUUUCUGUAGCUUGUCUUUGUGCGAUCUAACGCCAAGCGUAUUUCAUCAGUUAUCACGGGUUUUUUAAUAUAUUCUCUUGUUAAUUCUUUCGGCCGGAUAUAUGAAUUGUCUAAUGAAUAAUAAUAAUCAUUUAACUCAGUUCACAUAUUUUGUUUUAUUUCCCAUCACCAAUUUUUUGUUAAGUAUUUGAAUGACUAUAAUCAGAUACACAGCUUAAAAUUUCUAAAAAGUCAUUUCUAUUCUUUACUUGAAAAUUAUAAUUUAAAGACUUACAUUUUUUUUUAAAUUCAACCAUUUUGUAUGAAUUUUUUUAAUUAUAUUUAACAUAUUUAAUAUAUUUUAUUUAUUUAAUUAUAUUUUGCUGACAAUAAUCAGUUUUUCCGCUAUUGUUCGCGCACAUUCAUUUUUUAGUAUUUUUUUCUGUUUUUGUUUUAAUAUUGUGAUUGUCUGGGUGUGUAAAGAUUUGAUUGCUGGUAGAUUUUUAGCCGUUAGAAACGUUGCCCAAGGUACACUAUGAGGAAGCCAUUGUAGGACUAUCAUUGUAGCCUACGAAGUUUUCACUUAAAUACGGCCUUGUCACGGGUAUUUUCAACAAGUCCAUAUCCAAACGUAACUAGUAUAUUAAAUAUUAUCUACACAUAUUUUAUACUCGGUGAACAUAAUAUUGCAUCCUUCCUUUACUUUAGAAGAUUUAAAGAUUUGUACAGUUGGAUUAUCAAGGGGUGGGGGAGCAAAGUGAUACAUUUGCCGGCCCUCCCCACCCCUCCGCAAUUACUCCACUAUUUCCGCUAACUAGGUGAGUACGGAUAGGUAACAUACCGUUUAUUCCGGAAAUCAAUAUCGCAGUAAAACGACGAGGAAAACCGAUAGCGAAUAAAAUACAAGAAACUAUAAUACUAUAAUAAUAUGCUGUGUACACGUUAUAUUAUAUCGUUUCGCCGUUUGCAUAUCGAUUCUCGCGCGUCUUGCGGGUACAUUAAAAUAAUAUAUAAUAAUAAUUGUGUGUACAAGGGUACACACACAAUGCUCGGGACGGGCGCAAAACAAUAUUUUCGCGCGGUAAACAUUUUGAGAACGUUAUGAUAUAAUAUAGUAUUAUAAUCGUCUAAUCCGAAAAACAACACCGCGGAAGGUACUCGUCCGCGGUGUAUAUAGUCUGUACAAAGUCAACACCGUCAUGAGAUAUAUUGUACCUACUACCUGCGAUAUUAUAAUAUCCGCGAACAAAAAUGACGGAGAAAAAUUAUUUUAACGGAUUUGAUAGACGGGAUCUAUAAAUUCGAUAAUAUUUCGUAUAAACGCGAAACAGAAAUUGGAAAAUGUGGGGGCGCAAUACGCGUUUUAUGAUUUUUAAUUUCCAUCACUCCGUUCCCUGUGGGCAGGGACAUAAAGACGAAAAAUAUCAUAAACCGAUGUCAAUGAUUAAAACAACGAGGUCGAACAGUUGUUCGCAAACAGAAAAACAGUGCACAUCAUAGUAAAAUCGAUACAUUCCUCGUUUGGCUAAAGAUCUGAAAAAAAAAAAAAAAAAAUCAUAAACUUCAAACGAAUGUUGAACGACGUUAUACGAUGCGAUACGAUGAUUGCGUGUGUCUGAAAUGUGAUUUUGCAGGAUGAUUAUUAUGUAUUGCGAUUUCUUUCCGACUAGUACGACGUGUUUGAACGAUUCCUAUUUUCCUGGAUAAUACAAUAUUAUUCCCAUAUUUCGCGUUAUGAUAACGGAAAACGUUUCUUCGAGUAUUUUUUAAUUCGGCUAUAGUAUGUCGAUUUUUUCGUGCGCAUCGAAAAUUGUGUAAGAACUUUUUUGUCGCAUUUUUAAUACUACAGUAAAUAUAUAACAAAGUAAAUUUUUUUUUAAAUUUUUAUACUUAAAGCGUCUUCUGAGUCUUACAUUUCCACAAUUUCACAGAUUUGUUUGUAAUAUUCGCAGUAAUAAAUGCUAGGAUUUAGCCACGUGUCUCAGCGUGUGGUAACUGUCUCUGGUGGUAAGGGUAUAUUCGGGUCAUGUGUAUUGAAUAUCUGAACACGCGACGGCGAUUUUUUAAAAAAUUUUUUAACAUUCAAUAUAAUUUUAUCGAUAGUGUCAAAUUGUCCACGUACCUCUUCAGAAGUCCUAUAGAGACCAUGCGCAGCGCAUGUCACGUAAAUCAUUUUUGAGUACAAUGCAUUUAAUGAUUUCCCAUAUUUAACUAUAUAGGGCGCCGCAUCCUAUAUAAAUAAUAACACGUCAUCGUGUUUGAUUCCGUCAGGCCACAAAAUACUGAGCGAUUUGUCAAAAAAUUUGCAUACGGUAGAGUGGUUUGUUUUCUCUAAUGCGUCGGUAUUUAAUAAAAACAUAUCCCUUGCACUAUCUUCUUCUAGAGUUCCUAUUAUGGCAUUUGCAAUUUGUCUUCCCUCAGUAUCAGUUGUUUCAUCGAUGGAUACCCAAUUUUUUUUUCAAAAUCACACGAUGUUUUUCAUCAUUUCCUCGUAACAAUCAUCAAGAUAGAACUAUUUAAGUGUCGAUUCAGCGAGGACUUAUUUUUGAGUAUGAAAUUGUAAGAAUUGACGAAACCCUGUAUUAUGUAAAAUGUUCAGCGGUAUAUUAGCCGAUAUCAAAGCUCUGCACAAAUCCAUAUUGAAAGUCGAUUUUUUUCAACGUUAGAUUUGUUAAUAGUUGUUGACUGUUUUGUUUUUUGAUUAAGUUUACGUUCCUAAGCUAUUAAGUUUACUAUUUAAUAGUACCUCUCUCUGUUUUUAUGCGCUGUGUAAUACUAGAUCGUCUUUUGGAAUCAACUUUCACUUCGUAAAAUAUACAAAAUAGAACGACAUUUAUCAAUGGAAAACAAAUCUUCACCGAACUCGGAUUACCAGAUUACUUGAUUACCUAUUAUAAUAUGUGUUUGUAGAUGAUUAAUAUUGCCAAUAAAGCAUAGGUGGGCAUCCUAUAUUGGCAGAAUAAGUUUCAAAGAAACUUAACCUACAGAAUAAGGCUAAACUAUAAAUUAGCCACCAUUAUUUUACCUGCCUAAAUAACUAGUAACUAAUUAACUACGUAGCAAUGAAUUUAAAAUUACCCUAAAAGCAUAGCCACUAUUCAAUUAUAGGGCUAAAAAAUGUGAUCACCGUGGAGAAAUUAAUUAUUAAACAAUUAUGACUUUUAUUAAACAAUAAAACUGUUAUAAAUCACAUAAACGGUAAAUCCGAUAUUAGUGUUAUGCAUAAUAAAAUGUCUAGAAAAAUAAACUUUAUUCGAAAAGGUAAAUUAUAAAUGUAUAUUAUGUAUAUGGAAAACACAAUAUGGGCUAAUGUUGGGCUGUUGUGAACUUUAGAAUAUUUUCAAAAAAAUACAUUUGUAUUUUACUUAUAGACAAUCGUUAAUGAAAUAGGAACAUAUUUAUACAUUAUUAAAAUUACUUUCAAAAUGUCAAGAGAACUAUGUGUACUAUGCAUAUCACAGAAUAAUAAUUUCCUGUCCUACAAUAAACGAAACUUAGAAGAAUAUGCAGGAGGAGGCUUUAUGAAUAUAGUGUUUGAGAAAGAGAACAAAUUGGACUGAAAAAAGAAAAAACCAUGACGUCGUCUUAAAGACGACAUAAGCGAAACGAACGUUCAAUGAGGAAAAAGCGAUGACAGACGAUAGGACACGCGCUGAGACUUCGUGACGAAUUACGCAGUCAGCUUAAUAAUCGGUGUAAUGACGGGAGGGAUCACGGUCAAGAGAGGACGACCAAAAACAGUCCAAUUAAUAAUGUAGUCACUUCUUGAAAAGUGCUCAAGUAUAUGCCAACCGCGACAGACAACGAAAAAAUAUAGAGAACGUAUUUGUUGUGGACGAAUUCGUUAUAAACCAAUCGUUCGAAUUAAAAAAAAGAACCUCUACGUAUUGUGCUCCACACAUUAUUAUUUUAUUAUUAUUUUAUGUAGGUACGCGAUUUUCUUUUGCGUCAACUACUAUACGGUAUGAAAAGCGAUUCUCGUCCGCGGUCGCUAUCCUAUCGCGUCAUUGGCCGAGUUUAAAACUAAAGACACGACAUAAAAAAAUAUUAAUAAUAAUAAAAAUCCCUUUGAACGUCGACGUCGUACAUAUUACGUGUACUAUAAUAGUAAUAAUAUUCUCGUCGGUGAAUACGGCCGGUCUCGCGAAAUAUUCGUUUAAUUAAUGCGCCGAAGAGACGAAGCCUGCCCACGUUUAUUGUUAACUUCGUAUAGGUACUCGCGGUCGUUAGUUUAAGGCGCUAAACGCUUCGUCUCCGAGGUGCAAACGUUAUACAGGGUGACUAUUUUAUACCACGAUUCGGCGAAUGUCUAUAACACGAAGGAUUCGAGUGAAAUUAGUUUUCGUUUUUUACCCUAAUCAUUUGUUACACAAUCGUUUAAAAUAUAGCGGAAAAGCCAAGUGCCGGCCUUACCUAACUUAACCUAACCUCUCCCUCCCUCCCAAAAAAAUAAAUUAAAUCGUUUAAGAGAAACAAAAACUAAAUAAUUUCGUUAAUAUAAUAACUAUCCAAGGCUAUAAUAUAACAAAUAAUACGAUUUUAAGUGCAAAAAUUACUUUCCAUAAAUUAGUUAUAACUAGAGACCAGAUUUAUAUGUUCUUAAAAUCCACAAAGAAAAACUUGAAAACGUCAAAAAGCCUUUAAAAAAAAAAAAAAAAUCACUUAAAAAAUGUAUAAAAACACAAAAAUAAUAAAUAAAAAGUAAUUUUUUUUUUAUAAUGCAUACGAUUUUAUUUAAAAGAAAUUAUUUUGUAUGAAUCAAUUUUGUAAUGAUAGGAAAUUACAUUAAAUAAGAGCCAUUGUUGUGGGGACUAUUCUCUAUAAUUUUUGCUGUUUUUAAUGUUUGUAAAUGCUUUUUUCAGAGAUUUUUUUUUUGUUAAAGCGCCUUUUUGUAAAAAAUUUGAUAGAAACUGAGAAGAUUACAGUAUUUUUUCGAGUUUAGUAUUUGUACAUUAGUACAUUAGUUUUAUGAUAGUUACGACUGGUCUUUGCGACCGUCAACGAUUGAAAAAAAAGGGAGACCGUCAAAAUCUUGAAUCUGAAAAACCGGUCAAAUCAAUUUUUUUUACUUAAUAUUAAUUAUAAUUUUUUCAAAAUUGUAUCGAUUAAAUGUUUGCUGUUCGAGAUUUUGACGGAAUUAUUUAUUUAAGGCAUUGCCGUUCGAGAUUUUUUACGUAGGACCAAAAAAAUAGCGAAAAACCAAUUUUACCCGAAAUCUCCCGGACAGAUCGCGUGUAAACCGAAACGAAAUCACCCUGUGCACGGUGUAUACAUUAAGCACGCGUAUAUAAUGGCGGGCACUCACGCGCUUAUACAAAACGUUUAUCCGAACGACCAACGCUAUACGGUUCCCCGGGGAAAAAUGAAUAUUUAUACUCGUCCAGAGGAGUUUAGUUCGCUGCAACCGCGCGAAACUUUGCCGCUGAUUUAUUGGCACGUUAACGCCGUCGACAACGACGACGGCGACGCCGCGGUCGCGUUCGCUUUUUCGGGACUUGUGCUGCUGCUGCUGAUAUCGCGGGGUCCGGGAAAAGGCCCGGAGAGUUUUCGCCGCGGACGGGUUUGAAGUUUGCAAAUUUCAUAGACACGCUUUAUUUAUUAUUAUUAUUAUUGAACGGGAAAAAUUCGUUACGUAGCCGUUUCGUGUUUUUUCAACGCAGAACGUAAACGAACUGUGAACGAAAAUAACCCGAAAUUAAGAUUUUUUGAAAUAAAUAGAGUUCGAUCGUACCGAAUUCUCUGUAGCGUAUUUUUUUCCAUCUAUUGGGUAGGUAGAGAUUUCGAUUUCCGCGAUUUACUCAGAAACCUAUUAUACAGUUAUCGCCUUUUUGAAACCGUGCAGAGAUUUGCGAGAGAAAAAAAAGGAGGCUUAAUUUACUCUAGGAAACAGACUAAAGUCGGUGUAAAAUAGAUAGAGAAAAACUCGCGGAGAUUUUUGGGAUAUGACGUACAAGUAAUUUACUAUAGGCACUCGUUUUAGAUUCGAAGCAAAGCAAGGACUAUAUUAGUUUUACAAUGGGGUCCAUUUAUACAGCUCCCACUCCGAUUUGGAAUUUUCAAAUUCUGUUUGGCAGUUCGUUUGUGUAGUACAAAUAUGCACGAAAUCCGGUCGUUUGUAUUCAAAUUAUUUCCGGAGAUAUUAUAAAACCAAAUUGUACGGCAAAAUUGAAGCCACGUCUGAGUAAUGCAGAAACCAGGUACCAUAAUGUAUUUACGUUUUUUUUAUUUUAAUCAACGUAAAUUCCGUACUCAUCGCUAUCAAAGUAAACAACUGCUGGUAUUUGAAUAUUUGCCGUUUUUACGGAUUUUUUAUCUGUGUUCAACUUUUUCACCAUAAAUUUAUAUUCGUCUUAUUAUUUAAAUACAAAAUUUACAAAAUAUUUGUGCAAUUUUUAACUAUUUAUAGACAUUUUAAUUUUGCAAAUUUUUUUUUAUGCAAGUAAUUUGUGUUAGGUAUUGAUCCUAGGUAGACAAAAUUGUUAGACUAUACAGGAAGGAAAUUUAUUAAGGGGCUUUAUUGUAAGUCUUGUGACUUAUAAGAAAUGAGUUUAAUGAAGUAUUUUUGGGGAGGAUGAAGUACGAUUGCGCUCGAUAUUGGAAGCGAGGUUGUCAAUAUCGUUACAUACAUUUGAACCAAGUACAAAAACAAGUAAUUUAAAAAUUUCAAUUUUAAUUUUAAAUAAUAAUGUAUAUAUAUUAUAAUUGUAAUAAAAUUAAGUUGAAUUAAAUUGUAAAGCCCUGAUACUUAUUUCCAAUUAUGGUUAAAUACUUAAGUAAAUUGUCCGAGGAUUUAUUUUUUACAUACUCCUCGUGUUGCUUAUUGAUAAAUUAAAUUUUCUUCUUUUGAUAUCGACUUAUUUAUUCCUUUGAGAAUGGUUAAUAAUUUGAUUACUGUUUCUGUAUGAGUUUCUAUUAGGAUAUUCAUGACGAUAAAUGUCGGUGAAUGAACACUGUAAAGCUGUGCGUUAUAUGUACGAUGGAGUCUUUCGGCACCGUUGGUAGUUCUAAAAAUGUAUGACGUACCAGUAAAAAUGUUUUUUUUCCUUAUUUAUAACAUUUUCAUUAGUAAAUGUUUACCUAGGAUUUGAGGAUCUUGAGGAUUUGAGGAUUGGCGGCUCUGCCUAUAAAAUAGGUGGAAAUAAGCAACCAAGUUCAAUGUAUAUCUCUAAAACAAAGUCUGAAAAUAAUUUUUCGUCGUUUAUAUCUGACCACGAACUUAUAGUUAAGUUUUAUAAAAGCAUUCUCAACGCGAUCAGGAGCGAUGAAAGGAAGUCCGAAAUAUUAUGUAAGCGAUUUAUGUAGAACGUUAUUUUUAUUGGCGUGUGCUAUUCUUAAUUUUGUAUUUAUAUGGCCAUUAAGUUGAAAAUUAGUUUUUAAAAGAAUUUUUAUUUGACUCAACUUACUUUUCGCCACCAAGGUUGUCCCAGAUUAAAACAGCAGUGUUUAAUUUGGGUAGCCGGGAAAACUUCUAUCACUGCUUCAACUGCACCAAUUUCAAAAUCAAGAUAUAGGAUUUCAACUUUUAAAACUAGUGAUUGCUGUUCGCAUAUACUUACUAAAUACUUCCAUACGUCGAUGUGUGUGUUUUUAAAUUUAUCCUUUGAAAAUAAAUUAUACUAAAGGUAUGUAGAAACCGUUUGUAUGACCAUAACCUAACCGUUUUUAUAAGAAUUUUAAUAAGUAUUAAAUUUUGACAAAAAUCCUAAAUUUUACGGACUUUCAAAACAUAUGUAGCCGCGAACAUAGCUUCGAAUCGUUUUUCGUUAGCGACGGCUUACCGUUGCGUUCAAAAUAAAUAUUAAAUUCUCCCGUAUAUCCCUAUACCUUACCAACGUCUCGCCCACAACAGUGGCCCAACCGACGUGCGGAGUAUCUCUGUCUUUUUUUACUAUUUUUACGAUUUAUAAUAUUGUAUGUGAAAAAUCGUUCAGCGAAACGAAUUAUAUAGAAAUAUAGAAUACAAUUCAUAAUAAUAUUAUAAUAUAGAAUGACAAAUUUAACUCGUAGUAGAGAAGUAUAAUAAUACACCGCACUAAACCUGAUAUUAUUUAACGGAUAGUUAAUAAAAUAAUAAAACCGUUUCCUACCCGGGUCGUUUCGCAGUCAUAAUAAUAUAUCGUGUGAUUUAAAAAAUAAAAUCCCAUCGACUGAAUAAAUAUUAGGUAAACACGCAUAUCGAAUUAAAACAAUAUAUGAUAUUAUGAUAUUUUAAAUUGAGUUUGUUUUUUUCCCUUCCCUCCCCCCCUCGAUUUUUAUUUCGUAUACAAUUUAUAAACAAAAUCCUAGGUUACAUAUAUUUAUACAUAACAGGUCCCCGGGGACGGCCUUUUUACCCGUGUAGCCCUUAGCCCCCCCCCUCCGCCCACCCGUGCAAUGUGCUCGUAUAUUAUAAUUCGUCCGCAGCGAACGCGAGUACGUUUCGCUGUAAAUUCCGUAUUCGGUGAAUAAAAUAUCGCGGCGGAAAAAUACACCGCGACGAGUACGUAUUAAAAAUAUUAUACAGGGCGAUGAAAAUACACGACUGGUAAAACAUACGCAACGGUUUUAGGUCGGUUCGAUAAUCGGUUAAGGUAUUUUUUAUAGAUUCCGAGCGAAACGAGACAUGAAUGUAUUUGAGUGUUACUAUGACAAUGUACAAUAGACACUCGAUAAUUCGAAAUUCAGGGGACCGAGCUGAAAAUUCGAUUUACCGAGCGUUCGAAUAAUCGAGGAAAAAAUAAUUCGGUUUAAAGAGAGGUCAACAAUUUUAUGUAUCACAUUUAUUUAGAUAUUUAUUUAUUAUAUAGGUACAAAAUUAAAUUAAAAUAUUAUAUUUUACAUCUCAAAAAAAUCUGUUUUUUUUUUUUUUGCGAUAAAUUGUUGGCCCCAAUCUGGUCCAUAGCGUUAUCUAACUGAUUAAUAGCAAUGAAAAUUGUAUCGCUUUUUUUUUCGUCCAUUAAAUACGAUAAUAUUUAAUCGCCGUCGUUAUUAGUUUCAUUACGAGCACGUCAAAUAAUAAACGUAAUUAAAUAAAUAAUAACAAAUAAUAAAACGCCGAUAUAAUCUUUAUAAAUUAAUAUAGUCGCAUUUAAGAAAAUUCGAAUUAUAGAGGUUCUGGAAAAAAAAAUUCGAAUUGUAGAGUGUGUCCCUCCGACAGACAUUUUAAAUUAUCGAGGGGACCUAAUCAUAGAGGUUUUCUCAAGGAACUAAGCUUAUAAUUCAAUUUAUGGAGUUUUUCGAAUUAUCGAGUUACUACUUUAUAUGUUUUUCUGUAGGAGUCUGUAAACGACUUACUACCGGAUAACCUACUCCAAUCGAAAACUAUAAUAGGAACCUUCUUGUAGCAUUUUCGAUCUGGUCGGUGCAUCGCGGUAUGUGGUCAUUUUUUGAUUUUCCUAAUGGUUUUUUCAAUUAAUUUCAAAAAUUGGCCGUUUUUCGUAUAAUUUUUGUCGUUUUCUCGGUUACCAGCUAUUGACUGCAACAAGGAACGAAAUACGAAAUAAACCUAAUGAUACGCUGCUCACAAUCGAUUUGUAUUAAUAAUACAAAUGUCCCCCAAAUCCAGAAAAAUUGUCUGGAUUCAACGCUGAAUUCAGCUCUCUUUGAAGUUAUAUAGUGUAAAUGUGAAGUAAUACUUCAAUGUCAGCCGGUACCAUUAAGUUACUAAAAACUAUUAUUACGUAAUAACAACAAUAUUCUAGUAAUUCUGUACAUUUAAAAAAAAUGUACAGUUAUUAUUGCGUUUGUCGAAUCAUUAAAUGAAUCACCCCGUAUACGUCAUAUUUUACUCGCAGUCCAAUAAUAAUAAUAAUAAGUUACGUACAUCUAUAUUUUUUUUUUUUUUUUCGUUACGGUUUGAUUUAUAACGACGUACUUGUAUUUUUCUCCUCUAAUUUAUUUUUAAUGCGAUAUUCCAAUCCUAUAUUUAUAAUAUCUUUACCGCAUUACCUAUUACUACAGUAUACUCGUAGGUGGUGUAGGUACCCACGAUAUUAUAGUCGAUCGAAAAAUUGCACGGCCCCGUCGAAGUUUUAUUAUUUAUCAAAAUCGUUUUGCGGCUGCGGUCCGAACGUUAUGAUAACAAUAACAAUACGAUUGUAUUAUAAUAGCUAAUAAAAUUGUUAAUUGGAUUUUUCUUUUUUACGAUUAUUGCUCGUCAUACCGAAAUCGAGAUGUAAAAUAUCCGUCGGAGGAACCGUACUAUUAUUAUAUUAUAUUGUUAUCCCGUUUCGAUUACCUAUACAGACGCUGAUAAUAUAAUUGCGAUUUGUAUCGAUAAAAAAUAUAAAUAGUAUAUGUAUAAUAUUAUACGCGUAAUAAUAUUACGGCUGUCGUUUCCAUAUAGAAUUUGCCGCGGCAACGAUUGUUCACAAAAUCGUUUUUCGUCGGUUCACCUUACGUACAUGGACAUACAGAUCUAAUCGAGAGAUAUCGCGCAAAUGUCAUCGCGCCCACUCAUCGGCGAAACCUGCAAACGACGACACGGCAUCGUCGCCGCGCGUACAAAUCGGAAGAUAAAUCGAACAACGUUAUAUACUCGCGGUGUUCUUAAAGCGUACCUAACAAUAUUAUUAUUGAUGAGAUCGCGCGUUAUAAUAAUAUUAUAUUAUUCAAACAUAAAACUGUUUUCAAAAACGUGUACGCCUUCAAAGAUUAGGUAGGUAGGCAUAAUUGGUAUAGAACGGCGCGGUCGUCGGUAAAAAAAUUAAUUUUAAAACUAUUGUGUACCAAAGUUAUUCGACUUUAGUGACCGAGUAGAGUUACAGUUAUUUCCCUUCAUCAAGGAACUUAGUUAAAUUACAGGUUCCUAAAUAAAACGAAGUAACUCGUUAAGUUACUAUUGAUACUCGUUAACAAUUUACAAGUUACAAUAAGCUACUUUUUGAAUUUGUUUUAAUUGGCCUUUAUUUUUCAAUUAUUUUUUUCGCAAGUAAGAUAAUCUUCAUGAAUUGAUGCUAGGAACGGAUUUUUCGUGGUAACAGAAGGUUAUCAAAAUACUAUCACGUUGCAUUUGUUUUUGUUCAUCACGAUAGAUACAUAUCGAUAACCUCGGGAAAAAAAUUCUGAAUUGCAAAAUAUCGGUGACAAAAUGAUGAAAACUAACUAGUAACUUUUUCGAUUCAAUAGAAAAUAACUCCUUGGGUUACUCUCGUACACGCACAAAAACUAAGUUGUUCAGUUACAAGUUAUAAGAAAACUAAAAGUACGUAACAUUUUGGUAACUUUGUCACUAGUUACUAUCCAGCUUUGUAUCGUGUACUCGUAUUAUACGGUAUACGAAUAUGUUAUGUUACCGAAGUGAAGAAUCGGUGAUUGUUUUAAACAUUUUUUACAAUUUAACGAUCCCCUCAACGAUAUAAGCAGACAAGUAUUUUCCAAUAAUCUUCUGCCCGUGAUAAAUUAUACAAAAUAAAAUGUUCAACUAUUCUCCCAUUUAUGAAGAAAACCGCGAGAAAAAACGACUUCUUCGACGCCCGGCCGACUAGACCGAAAGCGCUACGACAAUGUUCCUAUCCAGAAUCGAGAUAUUGAUUUUCUGCUGGAACAGUCGUUCUUAGACGCAAAAAUAAAAAAAAACACAUCGCGACUCGCUCCGCUCAGAAUCUAACAGAAAUUAUUUACGCGUACCCGCCAUUAUGUUGGACACGUCCGACGGCGAUAACGGCGUGCGCUUUUUCUACACGUUCGCGGGCGGUAAUGGCAUUUAAUAAACGCGUUCCGUUCAGUGUCUCGGUACCGAUGAUCCGAAUACCUAUGUAUGUAUGAAAUAUUACCAUUGCGCAUGUAUAAUAUAAGUAAACACGCUCGCGUGUAUACCGGGUAUACGGUUACACGGAGCUGUGUCAUUACCACCGGCCAAAGUCGUCGAACGUGAAUACAAUAAUAAUAUUACACCUCGCGGUCGUACAGACCGUGAUGGUAAAGUGCGUAACCGCGAACACGGGUCCAUUCGCCCCCGCGACCAAAUUAUUAUCAAAAUAUCAUACACGUGGACAGGGCUGUGUUAAGGGGGGGGGGAGAGAGGCAACGGGGACGUUUGCCCCGAAGCGCCGAGUUACGCGUUCGAUAUUGAGCAAGUCCGGAUAAAAGGGGGGGGGGAGGGUCCGGGACUCCCGGAACCACAGUUUUUGCCACGGUAUAUUCUUCAUGUAGACAUUUAACCAUUAACUUUGUACUAUGAUAUUUUGAUAGUUUUUCGUUGCCUGAUGGUGACUUAUUCGUAUUAUUAUCACAUAGUGGAAACUACUAUAGUAACUUUGUUCAAAUAUAUAUAUAUAUAUGUAUUUGUUUAAAUAAUACUAGUGGCCGUUUAUCAUAGAGGGGCGGGGGCAUUACUUAAAUUACUUAUGGUAAUGAUCUUUUUUUUUUUAAUCUACCCUCUUACUAAGACCAGUAAAGUCGCAUAAUAAAAUCAAAAACACCAAAAACUACUUAAAAUAAAAUAAUGUUUGAAAUUUUGAAGUCCAGGGGGGAUUCAAACAAAAUAGCAUCUAUAAAGAAAAUGCACAUUUGACGGUACUGCUGUAACCGUUCAACGUUGGCCAGAUCACAUUAUCAUUACGGGAUACAGUCGGUUUCUCGUGUAUUAUUAUCGACAAGUUUUCGGCAAUGACGAUGACACACCGAGGAACCGAUCAAAUGGAGGGGGGACUAAAAGCACUGCGGAUCCGCAGAGGGACUACGGUAUUAUAGCAAUAACAAUAGAAUCUGUCUGUAUAUUAAGUAAUUGAAUUGUGUUGGAAAAAAAAAAUACUUUAGUUUUUAACGGUGCACUCUACGACGUAAUAUUUACGUUUUUUUCUCGCCGCGCCACUAAAUAUUUAAAACAUACUGUUGGGUGGUGUAUAAAAGAACUUUGUGUUUUCGAAUAAUUGCAAAAGACCGUCCAUUUCGCUAUGAUAUUCGGCUGUGCUUCAACGGCAAUAACAUGUUGUAACAAUACGAUACGUCCCGGUAAAACAUGUUGUAUUUUUCGUGUUGUUAUUUUAUUGUAAUACUAGAGCUGUACUGCCCGCUUUUGCCCGUGGACAGUUUUGUAACGUAAAAUACUUCUGUAAAAUUUUAUACUUCACUCGGUUUUAGAUUCCGAACGCAGCGGGGGGAACUAUUGGUUUUAUAAUGCUGUUUAUUUCUUUCUUAUUUUCUGUCGUCCGUGUCACCGAACUUUCAAUUUGUUUUUAUUUCAUCCGUGUUACCAGGGCCGGCGAUCCGAUUUCCGAAGCCCGGAUAAAAUUUAUUUUCGUGAGACUUUUUCAGCGUACCACUCCUUUCGCCCAAUAAUCGUAAUAAUACCCAGCACUUGGCCACGGCCGGAAAUACUGUUUAAUGAGACGACGCGCGUAUACGUGUUUUUCCUAAAAACAUAUCCGUUACAUUUCUAAAAAAAAAAUUAUUUGUCCACGUUUACGCCCAUUAUAAUUAUGCUACCCAUUUGUAUCGGUUUAUCGAGCCCCUGGACGUAAGCCCCACUUGCCCUGCCCUAACGCCGACCCUGCGUGUUACUAUGGUAAUCCAUACAAAUACAUAAAUAAUACAUUCGUAUACUUUUAUGUGCGUAUUUGCCGAUUAUUUUAAAAAUUAGUAACUCUAUUGUCAAUACGUAUUGGCGAUGAAUUACUUAUUAGCAAUUAUUAUUUUUAAUUGAUCCACUUGAACGCAAUGUGUUUUGAAAUCCUUUCUUAUUGCACAUUUAGAAUAUUAAAAGAACCACAAUUCCAAAUUAGGUAGGUUGUGUAGUUUUCGAGAUAGAGCGAUCAGUGAGAGGAGUGGUGUUUGGCUUUUAUGUAUGUAUAUAUAGAUUAUAUAUUAUUAUGCUCUUUGUCGUCAAAACUGCAUAAUAUAUUAACAAUAUCAUAAUCGACCGGUUUCAUAAUAUUAUUAUAUAUAUUUUUUUUUAUUUUUUUUUUUUUAUUUGCCCUUGAAUCGUACGUUUUUUAUUUUCUUCUCAAAUCGAAGUGUGCGGUCGUCUCUACAGAGUGCAGACUGUCGUCUAUAUGUAUUAUUAUCGUAUAGCGGUCGUCGAAAUAAUAAUAAUAAUAAUAAAAAUAAAAAAACGGUAGAAUUUAAUAGUUUGACGGUAUCAUUAUUAUUAUUAUUAUUAUGAUCCAAAUAAGCGAAAUAAUAAAAUAAAUAACGACAAGGUUGUGCUGUGUAAAAAAUACAUUUUUUUCGUGCAUCGUGUUAUAAAUAUAGCCGUUAAUUAUUAGACAGGUAGGGGAAAAAUACCGAAUAAAAAAAAAAAAAAAAAAAAAAUGAUUAUCGUAUUGUGGCGCGGCGAAAGAUCGGUAGCCGCGAACCGCCCGAGGCUGAACUGGUUCGCCGCGGCGGUCUUUCAUAUCAUACACAACGCGACGCAUACUUCUUCGCGUGGACUUCUUUGCGCCGCCGCCGUCGGAUCAUUAUCGAGUUGUUGAACUUGCGAACAGGAAUGCGUUAGGUCAGGUUAAGUCGUCGGGUUAUAUUGUCGUUGUUGUUGUUGUUGUUAUUGUUUCUUUUUUUUUUUCUACAAUAAAAUUAUCCGUGUGUUACCCGCGUCCGUUUCAAGACGAUCCGUCGACGACGAUACAGGUACCCCCCUCCCCCCCCCGACGCGGUCGACGACGGUAACAACAACAGUAAUAUUCGGACUUGUUUUAUAUAAUACGAUUAUUAAUGUGGUUUUUUUUUUUCUUUUAUUUUUUUUAUUUUACGGUCGCCGCGGUGCCAUUAUUGUUACCGUCGCCGCGGAGAGUUUUAUGGAUAGUCGGGAGAAAAAACAACAAUAAUAAUUAUCAUUUAAUUCGAUAAUAAUCGAAAUUACGUGUAACGUAUUCGAUUGUACCCUCGGAAACAAUGCGACUACGUCAUAUUGUACGCGUAAAAUUAAAAUUAAAAAAAUAAUAUGGAUUGUACAUAGGUUUUAUUUCGUUUGCUUUUUUUUUUUUUGUGAUUAUUUAUUUAUUUUUUAAUACUGUCGAAAUAGUAUUAUACGGCGCGAAACCGAUAUUCGACGAUAAUCGCGCAACGUGGGUGUUCCGUUUUUGUUCUACUGCAAAUUCAACAAUGGAUAUUAUUAUAAUAAUAAUAAUAAAAAUAUUAUUAUUAUUAUUAUUAUUAUUAUAGUAGACGCAUAUAGUAAAAUAAUUUUUUUUUUUUUUUAUCGAAAUUUCAAAUAUUCCAAUGACUGCGUACUUUUAUUGUUAGAAUAUUAUUAUUGUCCGACCGGAAUCAAAAAUAACAGUAUUCGAUUUACAAACGGCUGGAUAAACUGAACCGACAACUAUUAUAUUAAUAUUUGCAGAGGUAUUGUAUCGGUGAACCGAGUUAUACUAAGAGAGCGGGGCUGGAUUAAAUGGAAUGGACUAGAGGGACCCCUGUAUGCCCGGGCCGCAAUGCAUAGGUGGUCACAACUUUUCGUCUCUACUUCGAUUUUUUUUUUUUUUUUUUUUAGAUACUGAAUGUAGCGAUUAGAAGUCAUUCGUUUUUUUUUUCUCUCGGAAAACACUCUCGGUUGGAAAAACGCGGAUUUUUUUACUGGUGGUACUUUAUUUGGAACUAUUUAUCGACAUUUUCAAAAAUAAACUCCCUAUAAGUCCAUUUUGUUUUUGUUUUUUUUUUACUUACACUACGAGUACCUCGUAAAAGGGAGUGGUUAAUUGAGGCGAAAACUAAAUAAACGAAAAAUAAAUGUCGGAGGGAAAGAGGAAUACCGAAAAAUGAGAGAUAGUUGACUGCGAUUAAGAACGAUGUUAAGACAGCUGUGAACCGUUGUACGCUAAAUGGGAAAUCGAAUAUUCGGAUCUAGUGGAAGUUUAGGACGAGGGCGGCUGACCUCAAAUAGUUGGGAUAGAGGAAAAGAAGAAAACCAACCAUAAAAUUAAGUGUCUAUGUUUAUAUAACAGUAAAAAUUAAAGGAAAUACGAAUAUAAUAUCCAAAUGACUAUCACGUUUAAGUUUAAAACAGGUCCGUGACUAGACGGUAAUUGAUGGGUGUGUGUGACAAGAAGUCAAAACUCCUCUUUCUCCAAUGAUAAUUUAUUUUUAUUGUAUUUAACUAAAUACGUUUAAAAAUAUUGUUUUGAGAUAAAAAUAAUAAUAAUAAUAAUAAUAAUAAUAAACGAUAAACAUUUUUUUUUAGUAGCAUAAUGCAGUCGGUACAAUAGUAAAUCGAAAUAUUGUCUACCCGCAUAAUAUAGUUUUUUUUUUAUUUGAAAUCAGACUCCAGUAGCUACAAUUGGUCAUAAUAAUGAUAAACAGACACGCGUGCAGAAAAAAUUAAUCAUUCUGAACUAUAGAACUAGUAAAUAGGUAUAUAGGCAAUGAGUACAAAAAGCGGUGAGGGUGGCUGAACCCCUAAACCCCAUUGUAAACGUGCAUAAUGAGUUAUAUUAAAUGUUGUAUUUUAAACGAAAAAACUCUACCGGCUUAUUCGAAUAUCAAUAACAAUAAUUUGAUUAUUAUUAUUAUUUGAUAUGAGUUUUGAAAAAAAAAUACGUCAUUGCCAGCAUUUACUAAGUUUUGUUUAAGUUUUACCAAGUUGGUAAACAUUUUAAAAUAUUAAAGGAAUAUAUUUUUUUUUUUUUUUUUUAUAUUCCAAAAUAUGAAUACGUUGUUCUCGUUUCCAUAAAGUUCGUAUCUAUGUAAAACAUGUACAUUAUUGUAUCACGAGUAUCGGAGUUUUUUAUUAUAAUAUAUUGCCGUGUUACAUCCGAAACUUUUGGCGAUUUUCUGAUAAAUAUAGUGUAAACGUGAUGGCCCCAAGAGUUUGUCUGUGUGUGCAUGAAAAACAGUCCCCGAGAUAAUUAUUUGUGUCUCGCCGCCCCUGAAAAAUUCAAAGUUGCGCGCAUAACUUUUCGGACGACUUUCAUUUCGUGCGUACGGUAACUGAAAAAACUGUCACGUGAUAUUGUCUGGCGUUGCACGAUUUUUGUAAUUUGCCGUAUUCACCGUUCUCCGUCCGUUGCGGCAGAUUAAAACAUCUAUAAUAUAAUAUGUACGUAUAUAUAUAUUUAUGUACUAUAUAGGAUAUAUCUUUGAGAUUUUGCAAUUCCCGAUUUAAUUUGAAAUCGUAUUGGAAUUGUCGAAUCCUGCACGCACAACACAAUAGACAGAACUCUGGAAAAUCGAGAAAUAAAAAACCGAACAACGUGAGAAAUAUAUAAUACGUAUAGGUACCUAUAUUACAAACGAAAUAAAAAAAUAAUAAUAUCGCUCCGGUUUUUUCUUCAUAUGAGAUUCUGAUCUCGGCGAGAAAUGUAUUGGUUUUACUAUACUGUGCGCUUUUUUUUUUUCACUGUCUAUAAAAAACUUUACUACCGGAAUUCUCACUCCGAUCUUCAAGUAAUAAUUAUAUACGCCUGAAAAAGUAUUUUUUCUGAAAACGAAUUUUCGUCUAAUUGGAUGCAUUGAGGUCAUUUUCCUAUACUCCUCGUAGUCUUAUUAGUAAUUGUGAAAAAACGUAGCCUAUAACAUUAUAUAAACGUAUCUUUGGUCUAAAUUUCACAAGUGCGCGUAAUGUGUCAGUUUAUAAACAAGCUAAUGUUAUAUUUUCAAAAUUAAAUUUGCUUAUACAGGUAUUUAAAACUAUAAAAAAAAUCAACUCGAACCCUUCUAUCUCGGGACCUAAUAUUAUAUUAUUUUUGUAGGUUAUAGGUUUGUUCAAAACACUUCGAAUAAUGUCUGCAUAGUAUAACCGAGUAAAUAAUUGUUGUACUACAUCACUUUUUUUUUUUUUUUACGGUCAUUGGUCCACUAUAGUAUUUUAAGCCGUACACGUCGCGUAUGUCGAUUAAUAUCCUAUGUACAGUUUAUACAUAUCUAUACACGUAUGAAACGAAACGUGGAUAAUAUUAACCUAUUGAUAUAAUAUUAUAAUAAAUACAAAUAAAUGGAUAAACUGUAUUAUUAUUUAUUUUCCUGUUUUUUGACCAUCGAAUUUAUUCUUCUCUUCGAAUUCGCAGUGACGGUUUAACAUCGUAAAAUAAAAUAAUAUAUGUGCCGCCGUCAAAUACACAAUAAUGCCUAUAUUAAUAUUUUCUAUUGCGUUUAUGUUUGAAAUGUGUAAAAAAAAAAAAAAACGGGCAAAUUUGACAUAUAGAUAUUAUAUAUUAAGAAUAGCAUACAUAAGAUAUAUACUUACAUAUUAUUAUUCUUUAUUCGGCUAUUACUUUUUUGUAUUAUAUAUAUUUUUAUUUUUUAUUUUUUUUUUUUUUUUUAUUAUUGACAAAAGAGCUCUGAAAUUCAAUCUCGCCGAGUACUGCAGGUUCUUUGCCCCGCACCGAAGAAGUACAUAAUAUACAGUAUGUCGUAUAUUAUUAUAUUAAGCGACACUGACCUCUAAAAAUGUUCAAAGAGAAAUCAAAAUAUUAUACAAUAUAUAAUGUAUAGUAUUAUAGGUACGCAUAUUUUUUAUUUGGUGCGGUAUAUGAAAAUAAUACCAUAAAAAAAUAGUAAAUUUUAUUUUAUAAAACCGUUUCGAGCUCGCGACUUUUCAAUAUAUAAUUUUUUUUUUUUCUUUAUACGAUUAUAUAUAGCUUUACAAGUAUAAGUAUAUACGCUUCAAUCAGGAUCGUGCCAGCAAAAUCAGACGGGGAGAGAGAGGAGCCGGUCAUAAAACAUUACAGAUUUCAAAUAAUAUUUUUUGCAGAAAAAAAAAAAUGCCGGGCGAAAAUUGUUUAAAAUGAUAGUGCUGUAGGUAAAGAAAUAAAAAGAUAGCAUUAAAAUUCAACAGUUGGAUCGACUUCCAAUAUUAACGAAUACGCCGUGGCACUUGAAAUAAGUUUUCUAAAAACUGCAGGUCCGAUAUAUUGUCUAUUUCAGAUUUCUUUCAAUGAUCUGUCGCACGUUCCACCAGCGCAAUGUAAUUUAAAAAUCGAUUGCUCUUGAAAAUGGCGUUGUACCCAUUAUAUUAUUAUUAUUGUUGAACAAGUCCGCUAUUGAAUUGCCCACACGAAGUUCACCUAACAAAUCACCCAUUCCUCCCACUCCCCCACUAGAGCAAAACUAUAAUAUUAUUACGCCACUGGUUUCGUCAAGAGAAAACGUCGACCAUACCGAUUGUUGCCGUGACCGCCCGGCAUAACGGCCGCGAUUUAUUUUACGCGAGAGGAUUUAACGAGAUGAUACUCACAAUUGCGUAGCCGGCGUACGAGAGACUUUUGAACGUUUGACGAUUUUUAAUCGUUUUAAUAUAUCGCCCGCGUGCGUACGGCAUUGAAACGUAACUUACGAGCCCGUAACAUGCGUACACGUUGCGCAUUUAUUUAUUUAUUAUUCGAGUAUGUACGUAGUAAUCGCAUUGUAUUAAUAAUAACAUACAUAAGUAUAAGUAUUCAAGUAUAGGUUUUUUAUUUUUUUUGUUUGUUUUGAGAACUUCGUGUUUGAAAACCAUUAAAACAUAAUAUGAUAUGCAAUAUAAUACGUAUAUAAAUUAUACGUCGCCUUGUAUAAAACCCGCAAAAUGAAAAGACAGCGGCAAAUGUGUAAUACCUUAAUACGGUAUUUUAUGGACACUAAACAAAAGCGUAAAUUGAGCAACUCCGACGAUAAAAUAAAUGUGUAUAUUUUUUUACGCGGUAUUCCUCCCGACGGUUUCCGUCGUCGUUAUUAUUAUAUACGAGUUGGUACACCGUAUACUCUGGACUUUAAAAGUCGACCUUUAUUAUUAUUCCCCGUCACGUCAUAAAACCCCUUGCAGUAUUAUAAUGUUAUCAUCGUUUUAUUUUUCCCGCGACUUUACAGCAACACACGUCCGUCCGAAUCGUUGGCGGCGGUAUUGCUUUAAUAAUAUAUUUAUUGCGCAAUAUUAUAUAAUAAAUUGUAAUAUUACGUUGUUUGGGUAGGUACAAGUAGGUACUUGUACGCGUAUCGCGCGUUUUCGGUAGUGUUCGAAUACACAUCUGUGGCUGGGUGCAAGAAGAGGGGGGGGGCAACGUCGCAUUUUGUGAUUGUCGGCAAAUGGGCUUCGAAAUUGUAAUUCCCCGUUAGGCUCUGUGUAUUUUAUACAUUGUUUCAAUGUUUGUGCAAUUUUCAAUUUUCACGACAAAUAAAAAGAAACUGUACACUUUUUGUUUUUAACCGAUUUUUUCAAAAAGUUGACAUCGGCCCUUCUUGCAUCCGGCCACAGAUAAAAUUAUUAAAUUUUAUAAUAUUUUUUUUUUUUUUGUACUCGAAUACUGUGUGUUUAAUACUUUUCGGGAAAAAUGUCUGUAUUCUAAAUACUAUUUUUUUUUUUGUAUUUUAUAUUCGCUAAAAAAUACUUUCUUCCAAAACCAAUAAUGAUUUUAAAUCAUAGAUGUCUACGGUCACGUAAUAAAUCAUGAUAUCAUUAUAUCGUAGCAUUUAGUUUUUGUGUGUAAUCGAAGUUUAAGAAUUGGCCUAUUAAUGAUAUAAUACUUGAUUAUAGGUAUUUAGGUUAGGUUAUACGAAGUUUUUUCGAUAAAAUGUCGAGUCGUUAAACGUUAAUUUCAGAACUGUAAAACUGUAAAACUGUAAAACAGAACUUUAAAAAUAACUGAAACUAAUAUAAAUUAUCAGCAAAAUAUGCGAAUAUUCUGAAUACAUUUUUUAAAAACUGGUUCGAAUACGUAUCCCGAAUACAAAAUGAUAAGUUUUCUUUACGGGACUGGUUUUCGGGUGUAAACGUUUAAAAUAUUCUCUGUUGAAAAAUUUAACCGCAUUCGACACGACUUUUCCACAAAAAACCUACGCCACUGCGGGCGUAUCUAUAAUGUAUUAAAUCGACGUUUAAAGUAUUAUUAUUAUUAACGCCCCUGGACCAAAAAUAACAAACCGGUUUAGUUUUAAACGUAUUAUUCUAUCAACGUAAAAAGCGCAUACAUUACAAUAUCGAAUUAAAUUUACCGCACUGUAAUCCUGCACAAAGUCUAAAAAUAUACCAAUAGGUAGGUAGAGUUAGUAGAGUAAAUUGCGCGUUUUAAAAAAUAGCACUCCCGGUUUAUAGCACGUUUUUUUAUUAGUCGAUUCGUAUUAUAAUACAUAUACUAAUAUUAUGGUAAUUAUUUAUCGGUAGUGAAAUUUACGGCCUCCGAGCAUAAUAAUACUUUAUCGUUAAAUAUCCGUUAAAAUAUUUCUAUACAUAAACCUAUCUGUACCUAUCUAUCCGUUUCCAUUGUUUUCCGUGGGCUUUUCGGUGAAUAAUUAAAAAAAAAAAAAACCCCUACCGGUUAAAACCGGAGAUUAUUGCGCAAGAUUGAAAAUCGACGCUCCGAUUAGUAUUUACAUCAUCGCUCGCGUACAACAAUAUUAAAAAUUCGCGGGUUUUUCGCGUGAAAUCUAUUAAGAAAAAAAAAUUAAUUUUUUUUCAACAAACGCGUUUAUACUUUUGCAAUUUCGAUUUAUCUCCGUUGUUCGUUACGAUUUUAUAUGAUAAUAAUAUAACGCAUAUUACAGCGGGUUGUUGAAAAUCCCUCGCGUGUUUUAUUAUUUAAAAAAAAAAAUAAAAAAUUGUUGAUUCGUCGUACUGCUGCAAAUGGGCCGGCCGAAAACGCGGUACGUAUAUUAUUAUUAUUUUAUAUAUAUAUAUAUAGUAAAAUACUGCAGCAUUUUAUACAAUAAAAUCGAUAUCGAGGUAACAGAUAGAAGAAAAAAAAAGAAAAAAGGUUAAUAAAACGCAAAGUGCUGUGUACAUACAUAAUAUAUAUAUACCUACCUGGUGUUUUAGCAUUUUUUUUUUUACCCGGAAUUUAUUCUACACUUUUUUUUUUCGCCUCCGAGUUCCAUUAUAACCGCCUUCGGUGAUGUACAUAUACAUCGCCCAAUACCGUCGUCACUAUACCUAUAUAUUAUUAUAUUUUAUACUUAUAAAGUUAUAUAUAUAUAUAUAUUUAUACAACGAGUGACGCGGAAAUUUCAUUUACGGCGGAUGUUCGAAAAAACGGCGCAAAAUAAUAAAAAAAUCCGUGGUCGAAUAAUAGGCGAAGGUAAACAUUUGUAAUGGCGUUUGGUGACGUACGGUGGGAGAUAAAAAAAAAAAAUCGUACGCCUAAAAAAUAGACAGAAACGUCGUAUGGUGUGCGCGUGAAAAAUAAUAAAGCACGUACCGCGCGCGACGUUGAACACGUAGAAAAUCCUAUAGACGUCCUAGUCGAACAGUUUUCGCGUGUCAAUAGAUAUACGUGUAAGACGUACCAAAAUCGAUUUACGCGGACGUAUUUUAAAUAUAACUCCCCCCCUCACCCCCGCAUGCGGAUUUCCAAAUGUUUUUUAAAUAUUAUAUGCUGCUCGUGUAGAAUAAACGUCAAAUUUUUUGUGCGUCGCAAUACGGUCUAAACGUGUUCGUAUAACGUACGUAAUCGUGUUUUUUCGUUUUCCAUCUAUUAAGUAACGACUUUUAGUAGAGUUCAUUUUUUUUUUCUCUCAACUUCUCCGUCAUAACUGAUCUGCAGCUAUAAAUGCCAAAUAGCUCGUCAAUAUAUUUUUUAUCAAUCUCUAACUUUUCACUGUAGCAUGGGUAACUGGUAAAUCGUAUUUUAUACAUUCGUUUAUAAAGUACUUAUAGAUUUAUGUAUAUUGUGUAUAAUUUUUUUUUUCUUAAGUCUUUCCAUUGUUAUAAAGUGCAAUUGGCUAUUAUAUUUAUUAUACAAAUAAAACUCCGAUAAGAAUAAAAAACAAUUUACUUUUGGGUUACUAACGUUAAAAGAAAGAAAAUACUACAAGAAGGUGAGUUACAGCCGGAUACAACUGUACAAGGGUUAAGUUUAUUUUUUCGUAACACAGUGAAAGCAACGCGAUUAAUCGUAUUUGCGUUUCAAAAAACGAUUCCGAAUAUAGAAUUAAAAGUUUAACACUUGCACUCUCUUGAACUUUAUUUCUCUAUAUUUUUUUUCCGGGAUUUUCACAACAAUAUUAUUAAUGCAUUGUAACCGAUAAUUUUAACAACGACAAAAAAAUAUCUUAAAAAUAUGUUUUCCAUUUAGGUGUACGUAUUGUCCUCCUAUGAAAUAAAAACAAAAACGAAACAGUUAUUGGGGCGAACACAGUACUAGGGAUAAUAAUCGACUAAAUAAAUAACUACUUAAACGUGAACAUAAACGUAUUAUAAUUUUUAAAAACGCAUUUCAUUCGAAAUCUCAAUCAUAAUAAUUGCUGGUUUAAUAAUUAUUGUACUAAAUGCACACAAAUUACAAUUAUACGAAUUUACGGCCAAUUAUACUUCCAUACGUCCGUUCGAAGUCUAUUUAAUGCUACCCAGUUACCCAUUAAUUUUUGGGCGAGCUUUCAAAUAGGUUUUCUAGAUUUCAGUUAGGGCCAGUAUUUAUAUCGCUAUGUAUUGGAAGCGAGAUGUUCGAAAAGUAUUUAGUUCACUCUCGUACUAGUGAAUUUCGUCGAUGUAAAUGGGGUGGGCUUAAGUUAUUAAGUGCAGGCAACCAUUCCGUGGGAAUAGAUUUUAACCGCUCCAGUGAUAAUCCCCAUAGCAGAGUUGCGUUGAGCAUCCACUUUAUUUGUGUGGGUACUUUGUAGCCACCGCUUUGUAGUACCGGUGAGCAAUAGUCAGCUACCGAUCGUGUAAAUGCUAAUUUUUAAUGAAUCAUUUUAAUAGAAUAAUUUAAUAAUUCAUUUUAGAGCUCUUAUAUUUCAUUAAACGUAUUAUAGACGUUCAUGCGACCCAACAUAACUUUUACGCCGAAUAAACAUGCGAAUAUUAUAAAAAAAACCUCUUCAGGUAGGUAUCCUGAAAUAUUACAGGGUAUACAUAAAUGUAAUUAAAUAUUUUGUUUGAUGAUUUUAAGUAUUAUUCGUGUAUGUAUAAUGUAUAUAAAAUCCGUCUGUAACGCUUUUUCUCUCGUCCACAUACCCUUAUCAGUCAUUCAUAUUUAUCUCUUAUCAAAAUGCAUUAUCUCAUUCUUACGACCUUACUGAUCGCAUACGAUUAUAGGUCGUCCGUUAUUCCGGUGAUACGUCGUAUAAUAUACUUAGAAAGUGGUGAAGGGGUGAAAGAAGUCAUACGAUGGAGAGUGAAGGUAUCGGCGGCGCUGUACGUGAUAUUGUUAAAAUGUGUAAGCGAUAAGGGAAAAUAUAUGAUAAAAGCGUGAAAAGUCGAAGAUGGAUCUGUGCUUUUAAACUCAUUCAGUCGUCGAUUGUCCGAGUGGAAAUAUCGACAAUUUUCAUUAUUAAAUGAGUACUAAUGCUCAUUCCAAUAGUGUUUUUUUUUUUUUUUUUUUUUUUUUUUUCGGAAAAUUAACGAACAUGUACAACACGGUUCUCGGUGUUUUCCGUUCGAUGUAUAAUAAUACCCGCGGGCGGUAUCCAUUCACGGUCAACACAUAUGAUCCAUUAGCGGUAUAGCCAAAAUGAAAAUAAAUCGUGUAUAUGAAGAAACUUCACUCUCAUCGCGCGGUGAAUGACGGUAAAUCAAUUUUUCCAUCGGUUCUUUUGUUUUUCUUUCGCCGUUGCCACCGCGUGAAUGGAACCCAAAUGAACCGGAAAUUUCGGUUUUAAACUCGACGAACAAUUCAUUUAGAUAGGUAUAAAAUUUAGUUCAGUCUUCCGUUGUUCAAACAUUGCGUGUAUCUACGCAGCAUGUUUUACGCGGUACAUGCACAUUUUUGCGACAUCAGCGACUGUGACCGUAAUAUAGACGUUAAUUUAAAUUGCAUUUGUUUUUGAUGAAAAUAUGAGAUAUUAAAUAGUCAAAAAGAAGAUUAGGUUAAAGUACCUAACAUAGAUUCCGAGAGAAGUGAAUUAGUUUUACUACUAUGAUGUGUUUUCGACCAAAAAUCUAGCCUCAAUUAUCGACAUCAGGCGAAUGGUUUCUGGUAGAAAAUUUCGUCUAGUUGUGGAAGCCGUUUUUUUUUUUUCUAAUGAUUUGAAAAAGCCUUUGAAAAAUUACUGAUAAACGUCAAUAUUUGCGCUGCAACGGUUUCUGUUAGUCGAUUUUUACCUUGUAAUUCAGUAAAAACAAAUCGUACAGUAUUUUCAUCUUAAACUUUUCCAUUUUUUGGGGUGUUUGAAAUUUUUUUUUUUAUGGUUAUAAAUAUCUGAACACAAUCGUUUUCGGUCCAUAAAUAUGAAUAGCACCAUCACAGUAAUAUGUCAUAGUUAAUUUGUAUAAAUCCGUUCAGUUUAAAUUUAUAACAAAAUUCUUUUAAUAACACCAACAUAUUGUAAUUUACAUUGUUCAGUUGCAAUAUUUCACGCAAUGUUUAAUAAAACCCCCCGUCAGAAUUGUUUACUAUAUUUUACCGCCGCGUAUAUAAUGUAUAAUGUGCAACGGUAUGUAAACUAAAUUUAUUUGAUUACAUACUUACUCGAAAGAAUAAUAAUUAAAUCUAUACAAGCGAAAUGUAUUGCACACUAUUUUACGGCACUGAACAUUAAUCCUAUAAUAGAUUAAUUAAGUGAAUUGAAAUUGGUUUUGUAAAAUUAUUCGCGCACGCUGAAAUAUACUUUGUGCUGCGCCGUAUUGUUUGAUAAACGUGUGUGCGAACUGUGCUUAAUUGUUAAAAUAUAGUAAUUUGAUAACGAACAGGCAGCCGUUCGGAAUGAACUUUGCGUUUUAAUUCGUUUACAGCGGAACGACAGUUUAAAUUUAAAUUAAAUUAAUGAUUUAUCAAUUUUACAGUGGCGUAAUAAGUAACAUUAGGCAGGUAUACUGACGAUAUUCGCGACGCUUUAAAAGCCAGACGUAUAUUAUACCACGCGCGCACGACUAUACUUAACGGAUAUCUUUAAAAGUAAUCUUUACGAGUAAAUCAAAUACAAUAGCUUGACAAUAUAAACUAGAACCUAUAUAACGUCAUAACUUAGUUAUAACUAUAGUAUUCGAUUCUGACCGAACGUAUUGAUUUCGCUAUGGUGUGUGUUUUUUUCUGUCUCUUUUCUACUGGAAAGAAAGUAUAUUUCGUCUAGUUGGUACAAUAUGUGCGGGUCUUUUUCCUGUAGUUUUCAUAAUAAUUAAAAAAAAAUAAAAUAACAAGAAAAUGUAAGUAACGGAUCCGUUAUUUUCGAUUUGUUUGUUUUGUUUUAAUUGAUCUGAAAUAAAACGUAAAGACUUGAAAUUUACAUAGAAUCCUUAUACGAGUACUUUUCUAGACGUGGUAAAAUGCUCAAAAUAUUCUUGCAUUUUUUGAAAAAUUUAGAUACUUACAAUUUUAAAAAUUUGUCAUUUUCGAGUUUUCCGUUUUUUUUUUUUUCUUCAUAGUAUAGCAAAUAAUACAAUUUUUUUGACCGAACAGAAAUUGUUGGGAAUUUUACACGUGGUCUGACUUAAAACCAUUUAGAAUUUAAGUUACGAAAAUCUUAAAAAUCACGGCAUUUCAAUCUCAAAACAUAUUUAACCAAACACUUCACUCAGAAUGGCAUUUCGUUACAGAUAUAAACAAAAUAAUUAUCUAUCUUACCUUCCCAACUUUUCACCUACAACAAUGGCAUACCCACCUGCAAUAUCAGUUUUUGGUUUUUCUGUUAUAAGUCUUUUUUAUAAGUACCAUAAUUUCAUCUCAUACUCGAGACAAAUUAAUUUUUUUUUUGUUAGUUCAUAAAAUAAAUAAUACAAUUUUUAAAAUAUAUUUCAAUUCAAUUAUGAUACCCGAAUAUAAUCGUAAUAAUAUAUUCUGAAUGAAUAUUUGAUAAUAUAUAAUAUUAUUCGAAUGUUUAUUCCAAUUACAUUUUAAAAGUUUUAAGACCAAAAACUUUUAACAGUAUAUAUUAUUUCUCGUCGCUGCAUUGUAUUUUUUUUUUUUUUUUAAUUAACAUCUCGUCGAUUGAUUGCGUGUACAAAAGUCGCUAACAAAGAGCGAAACUGUAUAAUAACAUUGGAGAGACGACAAAGGCAAUGAGUACCGAGGGUUCCUCCCGCUGAUUGCGAUUCAACUAUGGAAACUUAAAAACUUUGACUUUUUUAAAGAGCGAAACAAGUUUGUAUUUUUUAUUAUAAAACUUUGCUUACUUUUAAAACUCUUGUUACAAUAUUGAUGUGAAAAGCACCGAUUAUAGUUUUAAUAUUUAAUUUUUUUACACGUUUUUCGCCGUAUUUCCUCCUCUCCCGGAACUGUAUCGUGUCUGUUAUAUUUAUCUAUUUUCCCACUAUUUUUGAGCGAUUUUAGACACUCCUUAGAGACCAAAUGAGAUAAUAUUUAAGAAUUAAGAGUAGUUUUAUAGGCGAAUUGGGUUAGAUUCCACCAUUAAAUAAACCCUUACAGACUUAUUUUGUAUACGUAUGGCGGUGUAAUAUUAACAAUAUUCUUUUCAUGUACAUGAAUUUUCAACCCCUACAAGUUCAUGCUCAAAUACCAUACCAUGGUUUUAAAUUCUGAACUGAACUAGGAAUGUAUUAGUUUUACAUUGAUGUUUUUUUUUUCAGUAAACAACUUUUCUACCAGACAUUUUGUUCCGAUUUCACAAGUGUAACUCUUUUUCUGAAAUUAAAUUUGACUGGGGUGGUACUUACUUAAAAACCUAAAAAGGUCAUUUUUUGAUUUUACCAGCGGUUUUCUUUACAAAACCAGAAAAAAACGUAAGAAAAACGGGAAAACUAACGAAUGUAUUAUUUCUAAAGCCUUUCGAAACAUGUUUGAUUGAAUUCCACUCAGAAUCGUUUUUCUUUAAGAAUGGUUGAUCGUUGCGCACAAAUAUACAUUAAUUUUCCCCUCUACCUUCCCAACUUCUCACCAACAACAGUGGCCCAUCCACGUGCGAAGUAUGUCCGUCUUUUUUUUGGAAUUAUGGUUUAGUUAUAGUAUAGCAGUGUAAUAGUCUUCGGUUAUUUAGUUGAUAACAAAGAAUUUUUCUAUGGUACAAAUAUAAAGUUGGGAGAAAAUUCGACUCUAUUGUGACGGGGCUCGGUUUUUUUUUUUUUUUUGUUCAUUUGGCUCGAUUAUCGAUUUCAAUUUCCAGUUCCCGUUGUCAUUUGCGGCGUGCGAUUGAUUUUCCUAUACGACCAAUAAAUAAUUAUAUUACAUUAAUAAUAAUACAAUAAACGAUGAUGCAAUGCUAUUUAAAAUGCACACAGCGGUGCGAAAACCAAUGUCGUUUUUUUACGGCACAUCGAAUAACAAUACAAUCAUUACACUAAUAAUCUACACAAUCUAUUAUAACAAAGUCACGCUAUAUAGAUGCCUCUACGAAACAUUAAUAUACAUUGGUCUGCUCGUAUUAGCUUUUACUGAACAAAUAUAGUAUGACAAAUACGAGGGUAUUUAUAAAUAAAACUCGUAAUAUAACGUUUAAUUUUCACAAUAUGUGAAAAAAAUUAGUUUUUAUUUUUUUUUUUUAAAUUUUAAAUCUAGUUUGCGUAAGUAUUUCGCAACGGAUCAAUUAUAAUAAUAUAAUAUGUUAAUAACAUUCAUAUUUUUUCGAUUUCGAAUAAAUUUAAAACACAAUGUAUAGGAAGGAAUAAAUAAAUUUUUUUUUCACAAAUUAAAAAAAAACGGAUGGAUGAACCACUGUUGUCAGUGAUAAUUUGAGAAGAUUAAUGUAUAUCUGUACGCAACGAUUAAUCAUUGCUAACGAAAAACGAUUUUGAGCUGAGUUCGGUUAUACCGGUUUUUCGCAUUUGUUAUGAAAACUCCCGGGAAAAUCAAAAAAUAACCUAAUGUAUCACUCCAGUGAAAUUUCCUUUCAGAAAAAAUCGAUGAAUACAUUUUCUUCACUUAAAUACUAAAAAAUUGUAAAUUUUAAUUAAUUUCAUUAUCGGUAUAUCUACUGCAUGAAUGAAAUAUCAAAUAAGAAAUACGAGAUAUCGUCAUGGUCGAUUGACAAAAUACAAUUGCAACUAUAAUCACCUUCACGUUUCACGUAUAAAAUUUAUUUAGUCUAUACGUGUGUUGCUGAUGGUUCUCAUUUGGUUCUUCAACAGCUACCAUUAUAAUAUUUUGUGGAGGCGUAGUAUCAAUCGAAAAUGAACAUACACGAUUAAUCCGAUUAAUUGCCGAUUAAUUGUUCAUACAUUUUUACGGUAUUACACUCAACAUUAUUGUGUUACAUAUAGUUUGAUUAUUAUAGACUAGUUUGAUUAUUAUAUUUAUUCAAUAAAUUGACGGCUGCUGUUAAAUGUCCAACAUAUUCAAACAAAUUGUUAUUUCUAUACGCAAUGUACGGAAGAAGAAGAAAAAAAAAAGACGGUUUUCCGUAAAUUUUUUUUAUAUCUAAAAUCCAAAAAACAAUAAUAUAAUAACGUAUAUAAUUUUAUUAUAUAUUUCUCUCGGAAUAUACGAUUAUAUAUCCUCCGCCAACACCGUUUCGCUGACCGAAUCGUAUUCUAUGUAAUAACAAUUUUAUUUCGCGUCCUCGUAUAAUAAUAUACGUAAUCAUAUUAGCUCAAAGGACACGUAUUCAUCCGAUAUUUAAGCUAAUAAAUUGGAAGUGCUGCGAGUAUUCCGUAUAUACUCGCGUCGUGGGUAUAUGGGACUAUAGACGCAUAAAGCGUAACGUAUCCGUCACGUGACGGAACAUAAUAUGUAGAAUUCGGAUGCAUAUGCAGUGUGUACAAUACACUGUAUAUCGAAUAUCGCAGAAUUGAUAUUCUGCGCCCUCGCCGUCGCAAGUACGGCCAAAAUAUUAUAUUGUUUUUACGAAUAUAAAUGUGUAGACUGUUAUGAUAUUAUAUUAUUAUUAUUAUUAUUAUUAUUAUAACUCGUUGUAUUAUUUUCCGAACGCAAUAAUAAUAAAAAAAAAAAAAAUGUUACGCUCUUAUAUAACCCGAAUGGCCUGCAAGCAGAUACUUUUGCACAUUUUGCAGGUAUAAUUUCGAGUUAUUUCCUGUGUGUAUUAUUAUCGAUUGUUAUUAUUUAUUGUGUUGUUAACGUCAUAAUGAAAAUGGCGUUGUAAAAUUGCAUUAAAUCUGUAGGAAAUAGCUAAUAAAAUCGGAAAUAAUCUCAAACAUCCAGUAGCGCAACCGAAGAUUGAGGGGGAUGUUCUCCCACGCGAAAAUCAAUCCAGAUUGCACCACUCAUCAUUAUCUUUAUUAGAAGUAUAGCCUCACAUCGCUGUACGGAUUUUGGUUGCCGACACCUCCAAUAAUCUCGGUUCUGUAUCCUUUGCUCCAAAUCAAUUACUAUUCCAGCCUGUCCGGAUCAUCUUAUACUCCGUCCGUCCGCCGUUUCUUUGGUCUGCCGUUGAGCCUUCUUCCUGCAGUUUCUAUUUGUGUCACUGCAAACAUCAAUGCAAUAUUUUAUUGAAAUAAUCUAUAGGAAUCAAAUGAACAACAAAUUAGUUAUUUUGAAUUUCGUUCAAUUUUUUAUUUUAAUUUUGAGUCCCUCCCCCUGAAAAAAAAAUAAAAAUAAAAAAAAAAAAAAAAAUCAGCGUGAUAAAUAAAUGACCACUGCAACCAACAAUCACUUAAACGUGUUUUAUAUAGUAUAACGAGGUAUAGAAUACAUUAUGUUUUUAUUUAUUACAUACCUAGAUACCUAUUGUUAGUAUAAAAGGUGCGUAUACAAUAUAGGUGUAGUUACAUAUAUAUAUAUAUAUUUUUUUUUUUUAAAUUACAACAAACAUGGGUAUUUUGUUAUAACCUCCACACGAAGGAUAAGGAAAUAUUGUUGUUAUCAAUAGUGAAUGCCGUGUGAUUUACAUUUUCUGUACGAUCGUAUAAAUCUUCAGAAAAAAAAAAAAAUAAUAGAAAAUAAACGGUUUACCAUUCUGCAGCUAUAAGUGCCUACACGCGCAAUCGCGUAUUAUUACUGUAUUAUCGCGACAAAGGUUAUACACGUAAACUAUCGACGCGCGUACAAUUUGCUCACGAGUGUUAUAAAAAAAAUUUUAUUUUUUAGAUUCUGAGUGGAGCGCAAAAGCUUAUAGUUUUACAAAGACAUGCUCCGAUUUUUACGAUUUUAUUUUUUGGUAGAAAGUGUUCACAUAAAAAAAAAUAAUAAUAAACAUCUUUAUAAAACUAAUGCAUUCCUCGCUGCAAUCAGGUUCUAAAAUUUAACAAAAUAAACAUUUUUAGUCAAUAUCAUACACGUGCCCUCAGUUCACUCUUGUCCCAAUAAAAAUAUCUUCCCAAGCAGAUAAACCAAAACUUUCCUUUAACUUUUGGACUUUUCCCGAUUAUCCCUCACAGGUGACAGUAUUUCCUAGUAUCAUCGAAAUCUUAAAAAUGUAGUCGAGCGGUCCCAAUACCUAAUACUGCUCAUUUUAUCUUACAGUUAACCUUAACAUAUUCGAUGACCAAAAAUCAAAAAGUUACAACAAAUCGGAAAAUGUUCUUUUUUACCCUUAUAAAUUAUAAAAAUGUCUGUUAUGAAGAGAUUGACGAAAAUCAUAAAACUACAAUAUUUCAAAACACAUAUAACCGAAGUUCGCUCAGAAUCAUUUUUCGUUAGCAAUGGUUAAUCUUUGCGUACAGAUAUACAUUCAAUUUUAUCUUUAUCUUCCCAACUUUUCACCUGCAACAGUGGCCCACCCAUAUCGUAAACAUAUGUUUAUUUUUGUUGAUUUCUGUAGGGUCACCUUAUAUUGGCUAAAAGGGAGCAAAUGCGACUAAUACUACGACUUCAUUCAGAACCGACUUUUGAUUUAAAAUAUGUAUCCUAAGAUGCAUAACAUGUCAGAAAAGAUUCUCGGGGGGAUCUAUCCCCAUCGUCUCCACAAAAUGUUUUUUGUUCACGGACGUCCCUAGUAUAAAUAUUACGGUUUUAAACGUUACGCGAGUAUUACAAAUAAAAAUAUAUUUCAACCGAAUUCGAUUUUCUUCUAUUAGCCCCUGAAAAACUUCCGGUCGCUGAUCACGAGUUGAAUAUUUUGUUACGAUACACUCGUGCAGGUACCAAUUACGACUCCUCGAGUUCAUUUCGUGUUCGGACCACCGCCCCGCCACGGACAGAUGGACAGAGGCUAUUUCAAAAAUGUUCAACCCACGUAACGAAAUUAUUAUUAUGUACACAACACUACAUCAACAUAAUGACGCUGUUCACGUCUUAUUAAUGUUAUUUAUGAUUGUUUUAGCAGAUAAUAACGCAAUUGUUUUAAAGAUUAUCGUGAUAUGCGUCCAUUGUUUUAUUACCGUGUAGGUGUAUAUCCCGUAAAAAUUGUUUAUUUAAAAAUAAAAGCGUUUUCCGUGAUCAAAAAAAAAAAAAAAAAAAAAAAAACCAGACUGAUAAUUAUCAAUACUGUUCGCAAAACAGUACAUUUACUGACAUAAAAACAUGUUUUAUUACUUUAUCUGUCGCGUUCUGUACAAGAAAUUUACAUCUUAAACCCAUUAAGAAAAUUGCAGAUAGAAUUAAACGUAUAUAAUAAUUCGUUUACGGUAUAAACCAUAUUGAAUUGACGGCUAAAUAAACAUAUUAUUUUACAACGAUGGACGCGAGAUUCUUCGAUUGAGGGGGGGGGAAACUAAAAAAAAUUAUUAUGUUUUUAAAAUAAUUACCUGCAUAAUUGCGUAGUACAAUUUGUAAUUACUUGAAUAUGAGUCGAAUAAGUCGUGCAAAUAUGCAAUGAUUAUUAUAAUUUAUUAAUACUACAUUUACAAUGCUAGUUUGUUUUAUUUGUUUUUUUUGUAUUCAACAAGGUCAUGGGAGGAGAGGUGUUGAAGCUCCCUUAGCCCCGCCCACGGUUACGCCACUGUUAUUUCGUAUUAGUUUUAAUUAAAUUUAAAUUAAGACUCUUUAUAUAUGUAUAAAUAUACAAAAAUAUAAGAACUGGAUUAUACAAUAUUAUUGUGUUUAAUAUAAUAUUGUAUCGAUGUGGUGCAAUCUAAAUUUGUAUGUCGAACAAUUAGAACAGAUACUUUGUUCAAUACGAAAUCUUAUAUGCCGUAUCAGUCCCGUAUAAUAGAGAAAGAAAAAAGUGCGUAGCAAUCUCUUGAUUAAAAUUAACAAAAAAAUUGCGAUUGUUAUAAAAGAAUACUCGUAUUGUUUUCCAUUAUUUUGUCUGAAUUGUUAAAAACAAUACUUUGGCGCUUAAAAUAUAAAAAAUCAAAGUAGAACAACGAAUUAAUGCGCUAGCUGUAUUGUAUGCGUUGAUUAAGUCACUUUCCGAAAAAACUGUUCGGGCUUCAAUCGAUAGUAAUUAUACUGUUUUUCAAUAAAAUUCCAUAUUUAGCAAUAUUCGGCUGAUAUACGAACACCGUCUGUGACUAUGAAAAAGUGUUUUCGCGGUCAAAAACUACUCGAACUAUUGACCGGACAACAUUUAUUUUAUUUUUUUCAUACCUACACAAAUACAAAUAAAGUUACUAUUAUUCGUAUUAUUUUGUUCUGAAUUCUGAUAAUAUAAAGUUUUUCAAACUCGAAUAAUUUUUUUCGAAGUCACGAUAUCGAAAAAGUGAAACAAACGUUUCUCAGUGUAACUGGGCCAGUUCUUCUUUUUGAUGGUGAAAUUGUGGUUUCCCAGUUACAGCAGUGGCAGUACCCUGCGAAAAGUGUUUUCCAUAAAUAUUAUUCCGGAGGUCGGAGCACGUAAGAUUUUUUUAACGUGAAGGUUACACGGGUAAAUAUGUGUGAUGCAAACGAAAUUAAAUAAAAGCAAAUAUUAGUUUUGGGGGUAAAAAACGAAAAUUCAGCUUCAUUACUCUUGUAUAAAUGGAAAACAAGAAGAUUACGAUAAGUAAUAAGCCUGCGCAAAGCCAUAAAAACUCCGUGUUUUCAUUGCGGCGUGCGGGAAACGGUAUAAUCUAUGAUCCGCAAUGACGGCAUGAAUAAUAAAACAAUGUGCAAGUCAUUCCUGUACAAGACUUGUACACGUUUUUAUUCUCAUUUAGGCGAAUUUUUUUUAACAUUAUUUGUUAUGGUAAGGCGACGUAAUCGCUUAUGUAAUAAAGGAUACCCAGACGUAAAGAUGUAUUUAUCGGUUAGAACCGUACGGACUAUCCGUGCUUUAUUAUUUGUGGGUGACCGUCACGUGCGUACGUGAACGUGGCCGGUGGCAAACGUCAAAAAGGCGCGUUACCGGGUUUUAACAUUACAAUUUACAACCAUCAGAGCCGCCACAGGAUAAAGAGACUCGUGUAGGUAAAAGAGCUAUAGAAUAAAUAAUCCUUAUUCUUAAAUAAUCAGGUCUUAUAUAUUUAUAAAAUACCUAAGGAAAGUAUGCAAACAUUUUUGAGGGGCUUUGGAUGCUUUGAGGGACUAAUCCUCUCCCAUUUUCCAUCUAUGACAAUAAGGUGAUAAUAUUAUGGUAACAGUUGCAUAGAUAGGAUUAUGACACGCGCUCGUCGAACAGACAUUAUUGUGUUUCCGAAAGAUUGGAGACGUAUUAUCAUAAUGAUGUUUUCGGUGCAGCAUAAUAAUAUUGUUUUAGUAUUAUACUUGUUAUUAUGUAUCUUUAUACAUAUUUCGUCUGUCCGUGUGUAUGUCACUGAAUUCCUCCUAAACAGCUGGACUGACUUUGAUGACAUUUUUUGUGUGUGUUUAAAUGGGUCCCUCCCUAGAUGUUUUAGAUUCUGAGUGGAGCGAGGAAUGUAUUGGUUUAACAUAGAUGUUUAUUUAUUUUUUUUUAUGUUAACAUUUUUUCUACCUGAAAGCAUACUUCGAUUAUCAAGUAUAGAAUUUUUUCUGUUAGAAAAUAUUCACUGGGUGGUAUUUUAGAAAAGUCAUUUUUUGGAAAUUUUCAUUAAUAUUCGAGAUAAUGAGAAAUAAAGAUUAGGUCUUUAGGUUGAAAAAGAUUGAAAGAUUAAGAAUAAAAUUGCAAUUGGCAACCGAUUUUAUUUAUUUUUUGUUAUUAUCAAGUUUUUAUUGUUUUAAAUAUUUUUUAAACAAACGCUGCUGCCAUGGAAACAUACAUUGUUGCAAUCAUUUUAUCAUAAUAUGACAUAUAUAUUGUUGACAAAGCAACACUAUCAACUGAACUCCGCUCAGAAUCGUCUUUCGUUAACAAUGGUUUAUCGUUGCUUACAGAUAUAUAUUAAAUUCCCGUCUGUAUCCCACCUAAAAAAGUAGCUACACCCACGUACGAAGUAUGUUCGUCCUUUUUUAUUUUUAUCAAUGUUACCAAAUAUAUUAUAAAUGAUAUUUGGUUGCCACUCAAGUUUAAUUCGUGUAGAUUGUGUAGAGUUGACAGAAUAUAAAAAGCUUGAGGACAGGUUAGGCAAUUGUCACUCAAGCCUAGAAGUUAAAGGGACAAGAAACAAUGGCAAUCAACAAUUUCGUCAGGAAUAGCCGUCAGAUUAUUGGCUGAUAAAUGUAGUUAUUUUUAUUUUUAGAGGCUGAUGGGCGGUAUAGAUCGUACGGACUCAAAUUGUUUUCUGACACGUCUAAACGAACCAGCCGUUUCGGCUAAAUGUCCGUCAGUUCUGCAAAAUAAACGUUUAAAAUGUUUAGAUAAUAAAGAAAUUGUAUAAUAAUUUAUUAUUUUUAAUUUUUAUACCUAUCAUAUUAAUUAGCAUCACACUAAAUAAUAACAUAACCUGACUGACAGAUACAUCAUCGCACAGCCCAAACCACUGGACGGAUGGAACUGAAAUUUAGCACACGGAUAGCAAUUAUGACGUUGGCAUCCGCUAAAAAGGAUUUUUUUUUAAAUUCAACACCUGAGGGGUUAAUAUAUGGGUGUUUAGGAUUUUUUUUGUACGAACAUCUAAUUUUUUAUAUUUAUUUAUUUUUGUUUAUUCGUGGGUUACCUUGGGGAUACGGAUGAUAAUUUGGUUGUCACGGACAAGAAAACUAUCAUUACUAUUAUUAUUGCUACUAUUAUUUACAUUAUUAUCCAGCAAUAGCAAAUCAUUGCCGGGUCGGCUGGUAUUAUAUUAUAAUAUACGCUGUAAUAAUAUUGUCACAUAUUAUAAUAUUCACCGGAACAUAAAUUGAUAGCCGUAAAUAAUACCUACCUAUAAUAAUAUAAUGUAAUUCCCACCUAUUGCGCGUGUGAAAAACGAAACAUUUUAAUAGGUUUAUUAAAAGUACGUACACACUAUUCGAAAAUUAUUUUUUGAUUGUUUAGCAGCCGAUUCAAUUUUUCCGGGAAAUAAAGCACACGCCGGAGAGACAGAUUUCCCUUAAAAUAACUUACCCGAAUCGGUUAAAUAGACAUUUUUUUUAAAAAUAUUGAAAUCGGUCUAAUCGAUAUAGAAAAAAAUCAAAUAGCAUAGACAAUAAAAUAAUACAAAAUCAGGAAUUGUUUCAUGAGCAAAAAGAAGAGACCUUUUUGUCAGUCAGCCAAAUGAAGUUCAUUCGAUUGUCCCACCAACUAAAAUGUCUUCUGCUGCAUUACGCUCCUGCAUGCGAAUUUCCUCAUGUUAAUUUCAUGUGUCGAACGACAAGAACCCCAAGUCUCAACAUGUAUUUUUCAAAAAAAAAAAUUCACUUCUACUAAUAGCGUAUAAUACUAGCCAUUUUAUUCUUCUUGUGUUGUUUUUUAACGUGAUCGAAUUGCCUUGACCCAUUUUCAAGAAACAAAUAUGCUUCUUUUUUCUUUUUUUUUUUUGGUUACAAGACGAAUUGAACAAAUAUUUAUCAUGAUAAAAUAUAUAACCUAUAACAAGCGCCACGCAUAAUUCCUUGUCAAAUAUUUUCGUUCCGAUAAUAAUAUUAUUAUUAACAAUCUACGAGUACAGCAAAGAGGUAAUACUUACAAGAAUGACUCAUCAAUAAUAAUUCUUCCAUCUCGAACAAGUAUAGUUUAACAUAACAGAAAAAAAAUUGCACGUGUACAAGAACCACCGUACUAUAAUCUCCACCACCUCUCUCAAAAAAGAAAACUUGCAUCACAUUUAAUACAAAUAAAGUUAUUGUCUUUUAAUUAUCCGAUAAUUUAAUGGUUUUCAGACGCGAAUAAUUUGUUUUGUAGCUAGUGUGAUAUCGAACAAAUGAAAACGCAGAGCAGAACGAUUUUUACCACAAUCAAAUUAAUGUUUUAAUUAUCACUCGUGUCUCACUAUCGGAUUUUCUGUAUUUCAAAUUUUUCGUUUAUUAAAUUUGUGUGUUUUCAGGGAAUUUUCACCCCCUCCCCCCCUCCGUCAGGUAUUUAACCCAUGACAUAAGUCACCUCUAUCGUUACGGUCCUGUAUAUUGUACAAUAACCUUGAUGGAUGUUACCAAAAACGGUUUUUCAGUAGACAUUUUAAAUUGACGUUUUUUUCAAAUUUUCAUAUGGUAUACACGCUAAAUGCUCAAUUAGAUAAUGACACGAGAUAAUAAUAUAUUGAUACUUUUACUCGAAAGCAAUUCGAAUAUUUUCGAGUCGAUAAAAAUGUGUUAAGUUUGUUCAAACAUUUCGUUAAAAACGCUUAAUCUAACCUAACCUAAUCCCUUAACUGUCGUUUGAUUAUAUUGACAGAAAUUUACACGAUUUUUGGAAAUGCAUUUAGUGCAUAUAAUGUUUAACUGUUUGGCCGCUUACGUAUAACAUUUUAUAUGGUAUUGAUUCCGUAUUCGCGCCUGAACCCCACGACAGGCCGUAUAGUGUAUUCAAAUAGAACAUCCGGUUAAAAUCCACGACCAUCGCGGACCCAAAAUCCGAUUUAUUUGUCGCGGUCGAGUUCGUGUAAUUAUAUUAUAUAGUAUGGGCAGGGCGGCGGGGAACUGCCGUAGGUAAAGUAGGAUUCCUCCUAUACAAAUCGGGUAACCCUCGAAAUAUUUUAUUCAUAUACUGUGAUAUAAUACGGAAUAACGUCGACGUAUAGUAAUAAUGGACGCUGAUCUCAUAAUAAUAUUAUCUGCGGAUCGUCGGAACUCCCAUGAAAUGUAUUUUGCUGGAAAUGAUUAUAAUAUGGUUACACAUGCCCACACAAUGUUAUUUCGUUUUGAUUAGCAUACAUCAUAUACGGCGUGGUUAAAAAGUCCUCAUCCGAUUACCUGGGUACCGUAGAAACGGCGUUACCAUUAAUUACCGUCGUUAAAAUGACCAAGAGGCCAAUCGAGUUCACUGCCAGGCGAAAACACCGCCGUCGUGCUGGUAAACUUGAAAUCGGAAACCUGAAACAACGAAUUCUCGCGACGGUUUGGCGGGACCAAUGAUUUGGAGUUACCCCGGAUCGCGGACACUGUGACACUGCCGUGACGAGAAACGUUAAGACCGUAUACAUCCCUAGAUGAGUGUCCGACGGCCGAUGAUGGUCAUAUUGUACAUUCGUUACGCGUCAUCUUAACACUUGAUGAUUUUAGGAAUGUUUUUUUUUUACUUCGUCCCACUCCAGUGGUUCUUUUUGAAAUUAAUUUGAAUUUUUGGAAAUCGAACGGAGCCUUGAACCACGCUGUAUGUAAUUUAACCGUGCGACGGAUAAUAUUAUAAUCGCCGCGCGCAGUAAUAAAUAUAAUUACAUUUUGCUAAGCGUUUAAUAUAAACCACGUGCCGCCCAGGAGUCUUACCGAAUGUGACCUACCGGAUGUGUUCAGCGGAAAAGUCCCUUUAUGUGAGUUAUUCUCAGAUAAAUACGGGGUCGUAUCUCGUAUGCAUAUACGGUUUUGACCUAAUACAACAUUAAUGUGGUCGAAUAUUAAUAAAUUAUACUUAUCUGUGUUAGAACCAAAAGAAAUAUUAAAAAUAUUUUCUUACUGAAUUUGUUUGUACAAUGUAGGCGUCACGGUAAAUGUACAAUCGGUUAAUGUUGUUACAUUUAUACUUUUUGUGUAUGAAAACCCAUUGUGCGCUAUGAGUUUUAACAUUAGGGUGUAUUCGUCUAUUAUUAAACCUAAAGAUAAGAACAUUGUCUAUGUUUGUACGUCAGUUUUUUUUCGAUAUUUUUAUUUUCAAGCGAGUUACGGAUAUAUAAAAUAUUACAAUUUUAAAAUCAUCCCAUCUCGCUUGACAAUUAAAACAUCGAAAACAAAUCAAUGUAAAAACACAAACAAUAUUCUCACCUUUAAGUUUAAUAAUAAGCCAAUAUAAUCUAAUAUUGAAAUUAACGACACAAAAUAGGUUAAUAUAUAAAUAUAACAACUUUUACCGUAACGUAAAUGCAGAUUAUUUUUACUCCGGAAAUAAUAACAAUGUAAUAUUGGCCACCAAAAAAACUUCGAAAGUAUAACAUUAUAACAUUUAGCCGGUAUAGAUUUUUAUCAAUGUUUAUAAAUUUACACGUUCCUAUUUAAAGUUUUUUUUUUUUUUUUUAUUUCAGUAUAUCUAUAUUUAAUUGAAUGCCUCAAAGUAACAAUAUCGGAUAACUCCACAUUUUGUUAUUUGUUUGCUGGAGUCCAUAUUUAUACGCUGUUGUGGUGGUUUCAAAUAACGGGACACUUCACAUUUUAUACGAUUUUCGCGAAACGCAGCCGUAAAAUAAAAAAAAAAAUGUUAUUUAUAUUCAUUUUUAUCGAUUUUUUCCGCCGAUUUUAAAAUGUUGGCUUAUUUUAAGUCUGCGAAAUACCGGUUAAGAACCACUGCGCUAUUGUAUUAUGUGAUUGGAUUUGUCUGACUGUUGCAUGCAGAUGCUAAUACGAGGUGACGCCGAUUUCCAUUGAAAACUAUAUUUAUAUACAUAGGCGUUUGUAGCAGCUGAUAUGGCUGGUGUUAUUUUGACUACCCACCCCUUCACAUUGUCCGAAAAACACUAUGCAUACGAAAAAAAUGUAUAAAUAAACUAUAUAUUUAGACAGAAAAUUGAAAUUUAUUUUACGAAAGAAUGUAAGUAUGGGGAAUCGCCUUAUCGCAUCUCGAUAGGCAACCAGUUUAUUACCAGUAUUAUCUUUAACCGUGGCCGGCAACAAUAUGCUAUAUAAUAAUAUAUUUUCGAUAAAAUCGAUAUAAAAAAAAAAAAAAAAAAACUCAUCAGUAUAAAACGUAUCGUUUUUCCGAGGAAAAAGGCUUUUUUGGUACUUACAUAACGAUAUGAAAAAAAACUCCAGCUGUGGCUAUAGCUCGACAAGCCACAUCUGUGCGUCUCGAAUUCUUAUGAUUAUUGCACCCAAGUAAAGGUGUAUUGUUUGUUUUACUUUAAAUUACCGAAAACGUAUUCAAAAUUCGACUGAUUGCAUUAAUAUUAUUAUAGUAGUAAAUAGCGCUCUUUCACUAUAUUAUAAAUGCCUGUAAUUAUAUAGAGUUUUUUUUAAUUCUAAUGUUAAAAAAAAAGCAUCAAUUCCACCAAAUUCAAGGCCGAGCAAAACCCCUCCCCCCCCCCCCCCGAUAUAAGAUCUAUUUCUUGUGUAAGACUUUCAGACAAAUACCUUAUUUGAAGCACAGUGUGUUCGGCGUAUUACUUUAUUGUUAACGUACAUAAAAAGAUUUACAAAUCCCAACCAUUGCUGCGUGUAAUGAAUCGGAAACCUGCAGCAUUACACAAAAAUUUCAUUCGAAAUCAUGUUCCGGUCAUAAUCCUCUAAUAAUACCGCGUGCCUAUACCGAUCAUCGGUUCCUAACGACUCUCCACACGAGAAUAAUGAAAAUAACAUUUCCUACAGACGUACCUUUUAGAAAGAAAAAAAAUCAAUUAAAAUCGUAUUAAUAUUACGAGCUUCUGAUAAAAUGUACAGUUUCCCUGUUAGAGGUUAUUUUCUGCAACGUUUUGUUUAAUAGAACUCUGAUAGUUGACACGCGUAACACUUUUUUGUUGGAAAAAUCUUCUAGGUAAAAUAUUGUACCUAGCCAUUUAGAGGGCUAGGCACUUUAAAGUUUAAAUUUAAAACAAAUUCAUGGAAAACUUCGUAGGCCUAUAAGGAUAUUUUUUAGAGUAUUUACGAGUAUUAACCAUUUAAUAAUUUUGUUUUUACUUUAUUAUUUUAUUGGAUAUUUUUUUUGUUUUCGAAAAUAUUAAUUUUGGUUUUUAAUAAUUUAAAAUAUGAUAACUAAUUGUUUUAUGAGUUUUUAUAGUUUAAAUCGAUUUCAGUAUUUCAAGGCAUGGUUGUCCCUGGGGUAUAACGAGCGGGGCUAUCGUCCCAGACCCCACAGUUCAACGGAUCUCAGAUUUCAAUAGACAAUACAAAGUUCAAAAAGUUUAAAAUAAAGUAUUUACCUACUUACCACUGAAUACAUUCUAUAUCGCACGAUGUACAAUUCCGUUUUAACCCCUCGUGUAUUUAUUUUUACUUUCGGGAAAACAUGUUGAAAUAUCAAAGAACGCUUCGAACAACUUUUAUUCCGUAUUUCUUCCACAAUUAAUAAUUCGAUGUUCCGAUGAUUAAUUAAUGAUUUUCCAUUUUCCCGGUGGGAUGAAAAAUAGCUGUCUACUUAACCUAUAAAUAAUAUUAAAAUUUGAAAAAAAAUUAAACACCGCGCUUAUAAAACGAACUAAAAAGUAAAAUAUAAUGGAAAAAUGUAUAUAAUACGAUAAAAUGGAAAUUGAAUAAAAAUACAAUAAAUGAAAACGUUAGUAGGUAGGUACAUACAUUGAGCUUGACACGCUUUCGGAAAAUAAUGAAAUAAAUAAUUUUAAAAAGUACCACAAUCGCGCGUGGAUUCCUUGCUACUGGAUUAAUAGAUACGUGAAUAUCAUUUACUUUAUUAUUAUACAUUAUUGACAAAGCAACACUAUCAAAUGAACUCCGCUCAGAAUGGUUUUUUCGUUAGCAACGGUUGAUCGUUGACGCACAUUAAAUUUCCGUCUAUAUCCUGCCGUCCCAACUACCCGCCCCACAACAGUGGCCUGCCCGUAAUGCGAAGUUGCCCGUUUUUUUUUAUAUCAAGACAUAUAUAUGCGAUUCGGUACCGAUAUAAACAGUGCUGUAUGCUGCGUGGCACAAGGGUGCAAAAAGUAAAGUUCGGAGAAAAUGAGUGGCGCGGGGGGGGGGAGGGGGGGCUCGCGAAAAAAAACUAUCUCAAACAUAUACUUAAAAAAGAAAAACCUUCCGAAACGAUCUCUCGCAGUCGCGUAGCCACAUGUGAAAUAACGAAUCGAUCCGUGCAUGUAUACAUAUAUCUAUAUAGAUGUAUACAAUUAUAACACGAUAUUAUUAUUAUUGCGAUUGUUAAAUCGUGUCGUGCCGUCGGUCCGGGACAGUGUCGCCUGGCACCGCGUCCAAUUUACAGAUAAUAUUUGUACCGUGGUGAUAAUUAUAUUUCGGAAGACGGCGGACGUGCGCUCGCGUCCCGCGACUUCGGCAGUUUCCCCGCCGGCGUGCGGGCGAUAAACGGCCGCGGGUCCCGCUGCCGGUCUCGUUAUCGCGCCGCCGCCGCCGCCGCCGCCGCCGCCGCCGCCGCCGCCGCCGCCGUAGUAUACUACCCUCGUAUAAGUUGCAGCCGUCAUCGUGCAGGUGUAGCAUGGUGUACCGUUUGUAACGAUACGCGCGACGAAAUGUGCGCACGGAUAGGAUACCGUUUUUACGAACGCAACGGGGUGUUGGGCGUGUGCACCGCCGGAAUCGAUGAAACGGCCGUUGAAUUCCGUAGCAAAAAAAAAAAAAUAACAAUAACAAUAAAUAAACGUCGUUUCAUUCGAAAAACAAUAAAACCAGACGGCAGUCCGGACGGGAAAUUGACGUUGAAAAUAUGAUUACAACACGAGAACGAUCGCGUUAAAAAAUUUAACGAAAAAUAAAUUGCCGCGCGUUAUUCCGCGGUAUCCUGCAAUUAAAAUACGCCGGAUAAUAAUCACCGUCGUGCGCGCGUAUACGUUUCUCGUCAAACUAUAUCGAGUAAUAUCCUGUUCGCUAACGAAUAUCAUAACCGCCGGCUACUCGUACAUAAUAAUCAAUAAACAUACGGGAUGAUUCAUAAGCGUUCGCUCACCAAAUUUGUUCGGUUAAAUUUUCCAUGUUAUAUUCAAAUUCUGAUUUACGGAAUUUUUAGGCGCAGUCAAAGCCAAUAUUUUCGAAUAUUUAGAUUUUCCACAACGUUUAAGGAGUAUCCGGGUCCACUAACUGUGGUUCUUCAAACGAGAACCUAUACUAAAAAAUAUUUCAUAAAUAGACAGAGUAUUACAUUAAAUGCAUUUUGGUAUUAAAAUUUUUGAUUUCCGUCAACUCUUCGACGAGAUAGUGAGGGGGGGGGAGUAAUGGAGUAUAAUUUUUUGUGGCGGCACGGCGCACGGCGUUUUAUUAGUGAGUUGUAUUAUAACAGUUUUAACACCAAAAUGUAUUUAAAAUAAUACUCCGUCUAUUAAUGACAUUUUUAAUAUUGGUUCUCGUAUGAAAAACCAAAGUUGGUAUCGCCGCAGGAUGCUCCAUAGUAAUGUUAUGAAGAAUCUAAAUAUUCGAAAAUAUUGGUUAUAAUUACACUUAAAAAUUCCGAAAAUCAGAAUUUGAACAUAAUACGCAAAAUGUACCCCAAAAAAAUGGGAUGAGCACACUUAGUGAAUCGUCCUAUAUAUCAUGACGUGUGAAAAUCCAACUACCGAUCUGUCGAUGAAAAAAAAAACAUUGUAUAUAGACCAAAAACCUAAAUAAAACUGCUAUUUCAUAAUGUGGUGAAUAUAUUAUUCCCCGUGUGUAUUAUAGAAGAUGGUUACAUUUACCCUGUUUUGUCCUGAUUCUAUUUAAAGAAGUCCAAUAUCCAUAUACAGGGUGAUUUUUUUUAUCAUAAACUAGCGAUUAUCUCGGAGUUUUUUUAAGUGAAUUUGAUUCUGUUAUUUCUAACAUAAAUGGAAUCGUUUAUUUGAACACACAGAUAUGAAUAAUUAUUAGCAAUAAUACUAAUAUCAGAUUUACCGUUGAAUGAGUUACAACAUUUUAAAGUUUAGACUGGAGGAAUAGGGAAGGGUUAUAGAUAGGUAAUUUAUUACUCGUUAUGAUUAGAAACGACAGAAAUCAAAUUCACUUAAAAUCUUCUGAGAUAAAAUCCUCUGAUUCGUGAUAAAAAAAAUCACCCUGCAUAGGCAUUAAACAACUUUUGGUCAGUAAAAACUUAAGACUUUUAUCUCUCUCGGUAUAUUAUGGUCGCUUAUAAUAAGGUGUUCGUUGUAUUUAUUUAUUUAUUUUUUUUUUUUGAGAUUUCUUUCUUCCCGUUUGUUCUACCGCGCAUCGUCGUCAGUGGUUUUUCUACGGACCGGUUCAAUGUCUAUACGUUUUAAUUUUUUAUUUCGUGCACUUUUUUUUUUUUUUUUUUUUUUGUAAGAAAGAUUUGUCACGUUGUUAAUUUUCCGUAAUAUUAUUGAGGUAUUAUAAUGCCUACAAUAUCCACGUACUAUAUACGACUGUUUUUUUAAUAUACAUACUCCCUAAUUCACACGGUGUACAACACGUUUAGUUCAUUUUUUAAUUAUAAUUUAUUUUAUUUUUUAAUUUCGAUUAUAAAAUAUUUCAAAGAGUCCUCGUAUUAUGUAAUAAGUAUACGAACACAUUAAGGCGUUUUGAACGACUGUCCAAUUAGUCACCCUGCACUCGACCCCGUAAUCCGGAUUUAUACCGAUGGUUCUAAAAACCUUACGUGCUCUUAAUACGCGAUCAGUUUGUCAUACUUAUAGUGUCACUUGUGACACAAUCAAUAGUAUAUUAAAGAUAAAAUACUCACUUUUUUGUGGGGUUAUACGUGCUUCAAAACAUUCUGUCGAUUUUUAAGCUAUCAUUAGCUUAAAUUUAGCUAUUGAGUCAUUUUAUAUUUGAAAGUCUUUUUACGUAAUUUUUAUUUUGUAAGCAUUCUGUGGAUAAAAUGACUAGAUAAAACACAAAUGCUUGAACAUUUAUUUCGAAAUUUGUUAUAAAUUAGUAGUCCAAAAAAAUAAUAUUGAACAUGAGUAAAGUAGCAAUAUUGUUUCAUAAGUGUGAUUAUUUUUCACCAACAUCGUAAAAUUGACAACUUAACCGAACUUUACUCAGAAUCUUUUUUCGUUAGCAAUGGUUUAUCGUUGUUUAUAAGAUUCAAAUUAAAUAAUUGAAUGUAUCCUAUACCUUUCCAACCUCCCGCUCGAAACAGUGACACACCCGUCCCCAAUAUAAGCUCUAUUUUUUAUUCCGUUUAAUUAGUUAGAUUGCCUACAGGCAUAGUAUGUACUCCGAGGCGCACGGAGUUUAAAAGGCGCACAAUUUUAAAACUGAUUGCCGUACGUCUAUUGUGAAUUUAAUGUUUAUAAAAAAUAUGUCUUGAAUUUUAGGACGGGAAUAGCGAGGAGCGAAAAAUAAACGUGAAAAUGUACAAAAAUAUAAUUUUUUUUUUUUCUGCUUAUUAGUAUUUUGGCCAUUGUAUAGAAUACAUACCCCGAAGCGCAAAAUGUCUUGAUCCGGUCUUGAUAUACACUAAAAAAGCGUAUCAACCGUCUGGUACACGUAGGAAAUACCACAAAAGCAUAUCGUGCUCGAAAAUAAAAAAAAUAAUACUCGUGCUCAUACCUGAAAUAUGUGAUUAUUCGUUACUCUACACUAACAUAGCAGAAUCUGAAGCAGAACUAUUUUUCUCUUAACAAUUUUGCAAUGUAUAAUUCGAAUGAGUAGAAUCGAUUUGUAUGUGUAGCACAUAAUAAUGCAUUGCAUAAUCUACAAAAUAAAAUAUUAAAAAAAAAAAAACCGUACGUCGGGAAUGAAUGUUUCCGUAACAAACAUGUUGUAAACUAUACAUCCAAUGUAAAUACCGAUUAGGCAAAUUUCCCUUGCGAUUUUUAUAUGAAAAUAUUAUAUUUUAUCAUUAAUAUAUUUUCCUUCCAAUUCAAGAAAAAAUAUCGCAUCGUGUGAAUGUAAACACAGUGAACGCUAGGUGGAGAAAACUGCUGGGAAAAUCAAAAAAUUUCCUUGUAAAUCGAAGCAAACUUGCUGGUAGAAAAGUUGUCCGCAGAAAAAAAAAUCGUAAUAUUUUACUAAUAUAUUUCGUACAUUUUCCCGUUUUUCUACAGUUUUUCACAUUUGAUGAGAAAACUUUUGAGGAAAAUGACCUCUUUAAAGUACCACCCCAAGAAAAUUUCUUUUCAUAAAAGGAUCUAUAUCAUAUAUAUCGGAGUAUGCUAUCUGGUAAAAAAGCAAUACAUUAUCCAUUUGCUCCAACUUAUAAUAAUAGCAAUGUUUCUAAAAGGAAAUUUCGCUAGGGAGGUACUUUAAAGAGGUAAUUUUUCGAUUUUCUCAAGAGUUUUCUCAUCAAAUUUGGAAAACCGAAAAAAACAGAGGGAAAACGGGAAAAACGUAGGAAAACUGGGAAAAUCGGUACAGCGUUAAACAAAUAUUAUUAAAAAAAGUAUAUAAAGUCUAUUUAAUUAUUUUCCUAUAAAAUGAAAUAUAUUGUUCACGAAGAAUUAUCAACUGAAUUCCGCUCAGAAUCGCUUUUUCGUAAGCAAUGGUUUAUCAUAGAUAUACCUAUAUUAAAUUAUCCACAACAGUGGCUACACCCGUCCACAUUUUCCUAGGACUAUUUUUUUUUUGAAAAAGCAUUGGGAAUUUUAGCAACAUUUUUCAAAUAAAAUACCGUUAGACAGAAAAUCUGCAAAACGUAAUAUGUACAUCGUGAAAAAAUCGGAGAACUGUCGGUAGGUAACUGAAAAAAAAAACCUUUUUUAUGUUUUUUAUGUUUUUUUUUUUUUCAGUUUUUUCGCUGUUCUCGGAAUCCAAUAAUACGCGACCCAGUGUAAUAAGUGUCAAACAUUUGUCAUGAUAAAUUGUUAAAUAUUAUUGUUAUACACCUAACAAUUAUAUAAUUUUAACACACUUGCGCACACCCACCAAUAUAAUGACCUCGAGUUGAUUUUUUCAAAUAAAUAAUUGCAUUCUCGUAUAUACCCGUAUACGUAUUAAAUUACACCUACCUAUACAAAUAUUAUCGUUUUACUCGAGUAAGUAUACAAAAAUAUAUUUUAUACAAUAAUUAUAAGUCACGAUACGGGAAUCGGGUACAAAUGUACAAUAAUUAAAAACCACAUCGUCAGCAUAAGUACCUACCUAUAUAUUACAUAAACAGUUGUGUUGGAUUUUUGAAAAAUUAAACAUUUAUGAAACGUAUCUAUCGCUCAGCUCGAAUAUCGUUAGAAAAUUAAAUAAUAAAGUAUUAUAAAAAAUAGUGUCUGUGUCCAAACAGUUGAACUAUUAACGUGACCAUUAAUUGGUACGCUCUUGACCGACUCCGGGCAAUUGCCCGUAUGCAUUAUAAAUGGAUGACUGAUUUCAACUAAACGAAAUGUUUAGCCGAAAAGUCCAUCGUCUUACUAAAUAACACAACGUUAAUAUACGACCUAUAAAAACUUACCUAUACGAAAUACCGUACCUGCACGAUCUAAAAGUUCCGGGACCAAACACCGUUAGAACAGCAGAAUUAAUAUCACUGGCUUUUUUGACUUUUCCUAAUCACACAUCAAUUUUGUGUAGAUUUUCAAUAACCAUCUUCGUUUUGAUACAGCCGAUGUAUUUGUAAAAAUGUGUUUUUCGCGUAUUGACGAUUUUGUAAUGAAUCUAAAAGAAGUGAAACUUGAAAAGCUUUAUUUUUUUUUUUGGGGGGGGGGAGGAGUUAAAGAAGAUUUUUCUUCCGUUUUUAUGUUAAUGUAAUGAUACGAGUAAUGAUUAUUAUUAUGAUUAAAUAUCAAAAAUGUUUUAUUGUCGUUUGUCAUACCAUAAUAUAAAGUUCCUGACAAACCUGAACUUGGAUUUGUUUAUGAACAUGAAAAACAAUAACUACAACUUAUCGACAUUUUCUCGUUUUAACUGUGAAUCAAUACCGACAUGGGUUAAUAUCGAGUUAGAGCAAUGCAAUUUUGAGGAUAUUUUUCGUGUCAGCACAUAGAACCGAAAAAUCAUGUUAUGAAAAAAAAACUCGUGCUAUGUCCAUAACAACAACCAACCUAGUCAUCGUGUACUAUGGCGUUUUACGCUGAAUCAUACUUAUUUCGCGAUAAAACGAAUUUUUAACGCAAGGUUUUUGUGUUAAAAACGCGUACGGCGACACAUCCUCCAAGUCAUUUCACUUGCUGGCAGUCGACCGUGAAAAACGUAAAUAUGAUCGAAAUCCAAAGUAACAAUGAUAAAUGUAAUAAUUCCAAAUCGGCCACGGAUCAUCCUCUAAACAAAAUACAAAUCAAAUUAGAAUUUUACAUUCUCUAUAGUUUCAAAAUUCUGUGGUAUUUCUUUUAGCCAUUGAAUAAAAUGUUGUGAAAGAAGUGGAGGUCCUCCAAAAAUAAUUGCCUCUCAAAAAAGUUAAGUUUACCACGUCACUGAUAGUAAACAAAUAUAAUAUGUGUUAUACCUGUAAUACUAUUAUAGGCAUUCAAGUAUUCUAUAGGUAUACAAGUAUAUCUUUUGACCUAACUCCUAAUCCUCCGAAGUUUUUCGUCGCUAAAAUUUAGCAAAAAAGAGUUUUUAGCCGUUACUGAUUCGUUUAGUAAUUAUUACGAUUUUUUUGAACAAACAAAUACUGCGGAUAUAUUUCAAUACAUUAAGAGAAGAAUAUUUUAUGGUUUUAAAUGUCAAAUUAGUCUUAUUCCUAAAUUGAAAAUAGUUUAAAUGUUUCAAAACGAUUCUAAAUUAUAUAUAUAGAUAUUAUUGUCGCUAGGAUAAUAAUCGGAAAAUCAAAAAUAAAUUUUAUAACUUCAAAACCAAUUUUAUGUUUAGAGGACGUAACAUCCGCAUUUACUGGCACAGUGCAACUACCAGGCAACGUGUAAAAACAAUACUUACGCAAAAGUAAAUCUAGCCCAAAUUUGAUUUUAGAGUAAAUGUACCUAUUAUGAAAUUUAUAAAGAACAAUAUUUUGGAGGGAAUAUCAUAGAGUUUUUUUUAUUCUUCAAAAUAUACAGCUUUAUAUAUUUUUGUAUCGAUAAAAAGAUACAAAACCUUAUUAUUAUUUUUUUUUUAAAUAACUGUAAUUUUUUUAAUAGUUUAUAAUUCCAAAAAUACCUAUGACAUUCCCUCCAAAAUAUUAUUAUCUGUAAAUUUUAUAAUAGGUACUUUUAGUCUAAAAUCAAAAAUUAAUCUAGUUUUACCUAUUCUCCUUAAGCAUUGUUUUUUCAUAUUACCCGGCAGACUGAGACAGUAGAUGCGGGUAUAACGUCCUCUUAAGCGUCCCAGUAGUAUACUGUAUAAGUACCCACUUAGUAUAAGUGUCCCGUUUUCUUUAACGAUGAAAUGCUUAGUUUGUAGCAAAUCGGGUGUAUGCUGUACACAUGUACAUAAUAGUGUAGAAAAAAUAAAUUAAGAUGGUCUAUUGAUCAAUUUCGAAAUGCCCAAGAUAAACCUGCAAACUCCUCGAAUUUUGCCUCACCAAGUACAAAAUGAACAUUACAAACAAUCUUUAGCGUUAGAAGCUGUGCGCAACUUAUGAUAUUAGUCUCACUCUUGAGUCACCGUCCAAGUUACUCCCGCGAUGGCCCAGAUAGUUAUAGUGUUUCAAAGUACCUACAAAGAAACUUUUAUUAAUGUUAAAAAUUAUUAUAAAAAUGAAUUCCUCUUGCCCCAUUUUCUUUGUUAUUUUUCGCUAUAAUUUUUCCCCGUCCUCGUUAAUUUUCCUCGUUACUCGUUAAGUACGUCGAUUAAUCCAAUUUGUGAUUCAAGUUUUCUUCGCGCGCCAUUGUUGGCCCUGUAAUGUUCAUAGCACGGGAAUUAAUCGAGUAUAUUUAAAACACUGUAGUUUUUAUUCGUUUCAGUGAAUGUUUAUUUCGUUUUAUUGCUAUUUUAUUUCAUAAACGCGUACAUUUAUCGCCUACUAAAAUAUUUUAUAGUCUGUAUAAUAUAUUAUAAUAUACGUAUAUUGUUAUUAUUAUUAUAUGUCAUCUUCGUAUUUUAUAUAAAAAUCAGAUAUAUUUUUACGACCAAUCUCGCAGAAGCUCACCCAAACUCGUUUACAGUAUAAAACAUUGUAAUUUAUCUAUAACAACACUGACGGUGCAGGUACGAUAAUAAAUUAUUCCGUAAUUUCGAUCUUUUUCUUCUGGAUAGAUGGGAACUUCUCUCAGUGGAAUUCGAUUUGAUUUUUUUUUUUAUCAUAUAAUCUAAACCACAAAAAAACGCGUUUAAAAAAAAGUGAUAAGGUGUAGGUUUUAGGUAUUGGUUGUAUUGUGAAAUUAUCUCUGUAAUAAAAUAAAAGCUCGAGUUGAUCAAAGUAAAUCACGGAUAAAUAAGAAAAUCAAAAAUAUACAUAAUACCUACACGUACUGUACCGAUCAAGAAACGUGAAUAACUACUAAUAAGUAACAAGCAUUGUAUUCCGUAAAGACAUGCAAAAACCACAGCCGUGACGCAGUCCGUCGUAAGCCGUUAUGAAAAUCGUGUAAUUAUUUCUGAACGGAACUGUGUUAGACAAAAACAAUUAUUUUCCUUUAGUUAAGAAAUAUUAUUAAAAAUUUUCCGUGAUGAUUUUGAAUGAAUUAUUCAUAAAAAAAAUAUCGUUCCUCCGGGUAUAUUGUAUUAUAAACUGCCGGUCCGAUACCAAAAUGUACCUAACAGGUACAAUUAGGUAUUUAGAUUUGGAAAUAAUUUAUUAAUUUACGAAGAGCGUACGAAAUAUGCAAAUCGUAUACGUUAAUACCGAAAUAAUAAUAGCCGUAAAACCUUUAAAAUAUGCACCGAUGUGCAAAAUAAAAUCUGUUCUCGGUUCGGUUUGAAACGCCGGCAUUUCAAACUCUUGCGGUCGUAUAUGUUAUGCUAUACUAUUAGUAUACGAACAUGCGAAUAAUCAUUAUUAAUAUUAUCAUUGAUCACGAUCAUUAUUCAAUAAUGCGUCACAAUACUUCGGUAUCUAAUAGUCACGAGCGAAACUAAACAAUUAUUUUAAUAGAACAAGCCAAACGAUACGUAUGAAAACGAAUCGAAGGCAUUUUAAUUUUGAAUUCGUCUAAGUCGCUAUGUUAUCUAGUCAAUAUUGAGUGGAACUAUUAGUCUCACCAGUAUAUAUGUACAAAAACAAGCAGCUGUACAAUUUUGCAUUUAUAUUAUUUUCCGUAUUCCUUAUUUUCGGGGGUAAACCUAUUUUUAAUAUGUUUUAGACGGCAAGAGCUACGUUAAAAAUUCCUUAAAUAUACGGAGUAUUAGUUGAAAUAAAAUUUGCUGUUGACAUUUUCGAUUUGCGCCAAUCCGUUGACGAGAUAUUUCACGUAUAAUUAUCGGGUCGGUGGAGAGUAGCGCAAACGGUUUCUAUUUUACAGUACCGUUGCACUUUUUGGAGAAAAAAAAAAAUUAUUGUAAAACAUUUGCUUCUGCGCGUUGUCCGUACACUUCAAUGCGUUACAUUCGAGGAUUACGUAGGAAUCACUGAUGACAUAUUUCAGUAGAGGUGACCGGCGCAUCAAAUGUUUCGCAAUUUAUUUUUAUUGUUUUUUUUUUUUUCGACUAAAAGUAUAACGUGUAUCCUGAAAAAACGGAAACCAUUCGCGCUCCGGCAUACAGACGGGGAACGGCCUCUCUGCACAAUAUCACUGUGCGGCGCAACCGCUUAGACGCGCACCGCGUUUGUUUCCGUCUGGCACGUGCGUAAACACGGUGAAGUUUAUUUCACUACUGCACGUAAUGUUAUAUUAUUAUUAUUAUUAUAGUCUCGGCAUCUAGGUAUUAUAAUAUUUAUGGGGCGUCCCGUGUACGAGUAUUGAGAUGUUUUAAGUCCCGCGGCAACGCUCGGUUCGAAAUUCACGGUAUACCCGCCGCGGCGGCGCGUACGCGCAUUUACGCGCAAAUACUUUUGCAGUUUCAUUUUGUUUUCACACAUCAAAGACUGCUGUGUAAUUACAAUAUUAUUGUUGCCGGUCGGUCGCAAAUCGCAAUUAUAUCUUUCGCGAAAACGAACGUUGCAAUACUAAUUAGUUAUGACUAGGUGGUUGCAGUCGUCGGUAUUAUACUGUACCGGUGUUUGAAGCGUCGCGUGUAAAUUAACAGACGCGAUGUGUGCAAUGUACACAUCGAAAAGUAUGACGCGCGACAAUGACUUGAGGGGCGGGUUUUCCGAAUUUUCUCCGAUUUAAAAAUUAUUUUUAACAUUUCAAUUGCCGCCUUGGAGAUGAGAUCUCCCGACCGGUCUAUUGCCCGGUACCCGUUUAGGGGGAAGGUUUUUACUGGCGAAAUGAGUUCACGGAAAUGGUACGACAACUCGCCGUCAAUUUAAUGUUUUCAUAAAAAAAAUUGUUUUCAUUGAUAAACAACAUUAUACAGGCCGCGUUGAACUCCGAUUUCGAAUAAUUUAAAAAAUAAAUGAUAAAAAAAAAGGUUGAAACUUACUUUUUUUAAAACUCAUUAUAAAUGUUGAGAAUAAAAUAUUGAAAAAACCAAGUUCAAUGCGGUUUGUGAAAUGUUUCCCUAUAUUAAUUAAAAAAAAAAAAAAAUUGUAUUUCAUUGAUUUUACUGAACAGUAUCACUAUUUCUGUAUAGAGUGUAUUUUUGUGGGCAAAACAACAUUGGCACCGGACGCCUUAAUAAAUGUCGACUUCGUAAAGUUUUUUGAUUAGUGUCGCUAUUUUUACGUUUUUUAUAAUUGGAAAACUGUUGCGUUCGACGAGGAGUUUUGGUGAAAAACGUUAAAGUUUUUAAAGUAAAUAAAUAUAUAAAUAAACAAUUUAUACAUAAAAAUAAAAUAAAUAAAUGAAUCAAUGCGUCACCAAUUUUAAUUCAAUUUUCUGUAGGCUUGAACGCAUUUCAUUAAAUAAACAUAAUUAUCAACACGAGCUCAAUAGUAUCUAUAAUAAGGCCCGUAGAAACAAUAUCAAUUCAAAUACUAUUAAAACAGUUCAUAAACGUAUUAAAGAAAAAAUAUUACCCAAAACGCCAAAUAAUGUCGUUAACUAUUGCAGUAUGGAAUAUCAAAAUAAUAUAUCUAACGAAUUCGUUAAAAGUCUGAAAAAAUAAUACAAACAAUGUAAACAUUGCUUUUAAGACUAAUAAUAAUUUAAUCAAACAUGUAAACAACAGAACUAAAAANAGAUUAAAAAAAGACUUUCCCUAAUUCAAAUUUCGCUGUACGUGUUUUAGAAAAUAACCACAAUAUAAGUUGUGAUAUUAAUACAGACUCAGAAAUAUUAAAUACCCAAAAUAACAUUUACAUUAAUUCAGUUUUAGAAAAAUUACGCAAACACGAUGACAUAAAGAAAAAUAAUUUCAAUAAUAUUUUAAAUGUUCAAACCGAUUUUAAAAAUAAUAUCUUAUAUCAAUACAUUUUAGAUAAUAAAUAAUAACUAAUUUUAAAUAAUCUCUCCUAUAAAAAUAAAUUAUUUCUAAAUUCUAUGUGAAACGACCAAUUUGUAUAAUUGUCUUUUCUUUUCUAUAAAUUCCUUCAUUUAAUUUAUUAUAUUCAAUCACAUUUUACAUUUUGACCAUGAUAAACGUGAUGAUGAAUUUUUAAUUCGAAACCUGUCGUAUAAUAACACUUUUCAUAACACUCUAGGCAACGCAUUGAUUCAUUUAUUUAUUGUAUUUUUAUGUAUACAUAUUGUAUUUAUUUAUUUACGAAUUUAUAUUAAUUAUUUUAAUAAUUUUGUUUUUAUUUUAUUAUUUUAUUGGUAAAGUUUGAUUAAACUUUUUAAUAAAAGUCGUAUUUAUCUGGUGAUACUUUAAGGACACGAAAUAGCGUAUUCCUAUAUCUAAUUUAACAACCUUUAAUUUUGGAAGCCCCAUACAUUUUAUCCGUAAGUCCCACGGUUAACGAGUUAUAACUUAUUAGUGAAAACGGCAAAAAGGUCAAAAACACCCGUUCGGAGAGUUAAAGAGCUAAUAAUAAAGGAUGAGUUUCAGGACUUUUAGUUUGUUCAUCAGUUAGGCAUGGACUAAUAAAAUCGUGUACCGAAAUUAAAUGUUCGAUAAAUUAGUUCACAACUUUUCCCCAAUUUCACUGGUCUAUUUAGUUAAUGCAUUACCAGUAAAAAAUUAUGUCAAAAUACUCUACGGGUCGUAGUUACUCCAUACGAUAGUACAAUUUUCGCCACGAAGCUCGAAACAGAAAGUGCAUUUUAUACAAUUAUUUAUAGAAUAGUUAUAUACAAAAAAAAAAAAAAAGGAAUUAUUUAUAGGUUAUAUUCAAACUGUAUAAUAUAUGACAUUUUCGGCUCUUUUUUUGUGCCACUUUUAGGUGAAAAAGCCGGAAUAUUUUGAUGGGAAAACUUAAGUCUCCGUAAUAUCGAUCAUAUGCACUAAGUAUUUACUUGGUUUGAGGUGAUGGGUGAGGGUGAGGGGGGGGGUCUUUGUUGCCUGGCCCUUAUUCGCGCUGUAUGAACAUUUGUCAAAAGAGCCACUAUAUGCAGGUACUAUUAGGAGAAAAAGAACAGUCGUGUCGACUGUAAAGUUAAACAAUUUUAAAAAAAAUUAUUUAUUGAUCGGGGGCAAAAAAAGCGGUUAUUAUUAUUAUUAUAUUUUUUUAAUUGCGCAUAAAUUGUGAUAUAUACAGUUUUAUGAAUGCAAACAGAAAAUUACAUUUUUCAAUGCCGGUGAAAAAAAUCUGUCAGCGGAAAAAAUCAAUGGUUUUUCAUUUUCCUUUUACAUUGUAAGUGAAGCAAAGAAGUUUAUGGUUUUACAAUGAUGUUUGUUUUUUUUUUUUUUUUUUUUUGAGUGGACAACCUUUACUACCAGAAACUGUUUAACUAUCCGAUUUAUAAAUGUAUCACUUUUUCUGAUAGGAAAUAAAUGGGAAAAACGUAAAUAUAGGUACAAAUAUUAUUAAAGAAAAUAUAUAAUGCCUAUGUAAAUAUUUUAUCAUAAUAUGAAAUAUAUAUUGUUAGCAAACAAAGCAACAUUAUCAACCAUGAAUUCCGCUCAGAAUCGUUUUUUCGUUAGCAAUGUUUGAUCGUUGCUUACGAUAUACAUUAAAUUGCCCCUCUAUUGCGUUCCCAACUUCUCACAUACUACAGUGGCCCACCCGUGUACGUACUAUGUCCGUCUCUUGUUUUUUUUUUUUUUCUAUAACACUCGUUAAUUUUUAAAAAUUUAAUUUAAGAUUUUAACAAGUCAACUUGUGUUUUUAGGGUGAACUUUUAACUUUAUAUAAUCGCAUUAAAAAUUAUAACGCUUGGUGCAACGCGUUACUCGUUUAAACUUGAAUAUUAUUAUUCCGUUAACUUUUACACACAUACAAUACAUUUUACGAGCUUAAUCUACAAUUGCUUUUUUAACGCAUUACAAAUAGAGACAGAAUAUAUUAUAAUAAUCGAAUUUUAUAUUAAACGGGUGAACAUUUUUUACAAUAUUUACGACAACUUCGGACGUUUUAUACCGUUCCGUUAAUUAUGAUUAUUAUACGGCUACGAGUCGUGACAUUCGGAUAAAAAAAAACCUGAAUAUUAUAACGCGUUAAUAUUUUAGAUUAUUGUUUUUUUUUUAAUCUGUAAACGAUUAUUCUAUCAUAAAUAUUGGUCCGACCGAAAAACUCCAAGAGACCAUUUUCGUAGCGUUUCGUAUCUUUAGUUGACGCAUUUAGAAGGUCAUUUUUUUUUUUUGUUAUCCAAUUUUGAAUAUUAACUUUAAAUCGCCACAGAAUACGUACACUGGACAUUUCCAGACGCGGUAAAACGUUUAAAAACGAUUUUUGAACUAUUUGCAGACAUUUAACAUUAUUUAUGGCGGUUCUUUCUCGUGACGACUCGGUCGACUUUUACUCCGCGUAAUAUGAUGAAACCGUUCGAGAUGUAUACACUUGAGACGAUGAUAUUUUGUGGACAUGCGUACACGGCAACAAUACGAAUAUGCAUUUACAAUAAUAGUAUAUACAAUUUAUUGUAUUAGAUAGUAUACAGCACACCUACCUUGAAACUCUCUUACAGUCAAUGAGUAUGUAAAAUCGCCGUGAUUUCAAACGUCGACCUGUUUUUUUAUCAGUCUUUUUUUUUUUUUUAUCGAUGAUGUUAGCACACGCAUACAACGCCUUAAACAUCACUAAUAACACCGUCGCCGCGCCGCCGUGUUACGGACGUUACACGGUCUUAUAACAAUUUCACCUUUCUCGAUAUUUAACGAUUUAAUAACCUUAAGUUCGCCCUAAGUUUUACAAAUAAUAAUUGUUAUUGUGACGGUAUGAUGUAUACCUUUACUGGCCUCGCAGCUAUUAUAUAUAGGUAUACGAACGUCAUUCACGGAUUAGUACACGAUUGUAUUGCGUAUUUUGAAAAAUCUCGGUCAAAUAAUAUACCCGCGAACAAAAAUUUAAAAACAAUAAUUUAUCUAAUAGCUUCUAACCAUAGCUAUACGCUUGAAAUUUGUAAAAUUAAAAAGAUCCGACCCCUUAAAAAGUGAAUCCAAAAUGAUUGAAACGAGAAUCAAUAAGACGAAACGGGAAAAAAAAAAUGAAUACUGGAGAUGGGAGUGGCCACUGUUGUAGGUGAAAAAUUGACAAGGUAGGAUACAUAAUGUUACUACAUUUUUAUCUGAAGGCAACGAUAAACCAUUUUUUGACGAAAGACGAUUCCGAGCGCAGUUCGGUAAUACAUAAUUUGAAGUGUAUGGACCUUUUUUUUGCGAUUUUCGUUUAAAUUUGAUUUCAUAACGUUAAUUUCACCACGUCUAGGUAAGUCCAAUAUAAGUAUUAUAACCAAGUUUCAAAUCUCUACGUGUAUUUAUAACCGAAUUACAAUAAAAAAACUACCAAAAAUUAAAAUUCCUUAAAACCUCAAAACCGGCUCAAAAUAUUUGGCCAUGAUACCGUAAGAAAGUAAAUCAAAAAGGUAUCGUGUGAUUUGUCGUUUAAAUCAUUUUUUCUGACAGAAAACGACAUCCGUGUUUUUAUAAAAUAAUGAAAUCGUGAAACUGUACGUUUUCCUACGUUUUUCCCGCUUAAGUGCUUUUAUUUCAAAAAAGGCGUCGAUAAUUAAAAAAUUACUUUUUCAAAGUACCAUCUAGACAACUUGAGCUUUCAUAAAAGUUGCUACACGUAAAAAUCGGAGCAAUUUUACUAAGAAACAACGUGUCCACAGACUAGAAAAAAAAAAUUAACAUCUUAGUAAAACCAAUAGCUCCCUCGCUACGUUCGAAAUCUAAAAUAAUAGUAAAAUAUAAUAUUAUUAUGCUUCUCUCCCGACUCGAAACGGUCGCGAUUCACUGCCUUGAAUGCGCUAUAGAAAUUAUAUAGAUAACGCAUUAGAGGACUCGGUAAAAUGUACGCUAUCAACCAAAUGACUGCAUUUUCUAUAGCAUUUCAAUGGCACCACCUCCGGGGCUGAGGACCGUGAGCACAAUAUAAUAUUAUCAUAUUAUAUCAUUUACAUGGUAUAAUAACACAUAUAUUUCGUUUUGUUUCGAUCUUUUUUGUACGCUUUUUACGCCGCUGUCGAGGAAUAUAUCGCGGAGGAGGUAAAAUUGUUGUGCACACGAUAGAAUUCAAAUUUCACCCUCCUCCCUCCCCGUCGCGGCCGUUCAAACAUCACGGGGUCGCUGGCACGCCGUUUUCUCCCAAUUACCCACAGAAGGAAAUACCGCAAGGAAAAUCGAACUAAUAAAAAACGACCUUCUAAUGUACCGACCGGGCAUAAUUUUCUACACCAGAAAUCGCCACUAAAGUCGACGACCGGAGAAAAAGUCGAAAAGCCACGAAACAGAAAAACAAAAGCUCCCCGCGCCGAAAUGAAACCGCCGCCACGCUCGGAACGUGAAAAAACGUUUUUAUAAAACUAAAAUGUGGUACAAAAUCCCAUGCCUCGCAUAAUAUGGUUUUACACUCGGCUCCGUGGUCCUCGCAGACUCGACUCGCGGACGACGCUGAGAAAUGUACGCGGCUUUCCGGCCGCGGGGUCCGGUAAAAUUGAAUUGAAAUCUACAUACGUUUUCGGCAGCUCGACUCGGCUCCAUCCCUUGGUUUGUGCGAACGCCCGUACAUCGUCAUAUACGGCGCCAUACACGCAUCAUUAUGUAAAUCCGCAGAUCCGCAAAAUAAAUCGCAACCUAAUAUAAUAUUAUCAUGUUACCUGUAUAGUGUUUCCAUACGCAUAGAGUAUGUAUGAUUAUUAUUUUCUCGCGACAGUUACUGUUUACAAUAUUGACUAUAAUUACAAAGUUUAGUUUUUCCGGAUCUGUAAAUCCGUAUACAACGGAACAAUAUACAUGUACGGAUGGAUCCGUUUAACAGGACGUUACAUCCGCAUCUGCUGUCUCAAUCCAACUAUCGCGUAACAUGCACAAACAUGCAAAAAAAAAAAGUGCUUACGCAGAAUGAGUUAAAUUAGAAAAAUGUUGAUUUUAAAAUAAAAGUAAAAGUACCUAUUAUGAAUUUUAUAGAGAACGAUAUUUUGGAGAGAAUGUCAUUGGAUUUUUUGUAUUAUUCAAAAAUAUAUUCGCCUCGACACAAAAGACACAAAACCCUUUAUUUUUCCUUUUUUAAAUAGCUGUAACUUUUUUAAUAGUUCAUAAUUCAAAAAACGCCUAUGACAUUUGCUCCGAAAUAUUGUUCUCUAUACGUUUCAUAACAGGUACUUUUACUCUUAAAUCAAAAAUUAAGCUAGUUUUACUUAUUCAUUGUUUUCGCAUGUUACCCGAUAGUUGGGCUGAGACAGUAGAUACGGGUAUAACGUCCUCUUAAGUAAAUAGGACACCUGAUAUCACGGAAAGUAUUUAAGUUUUUCAAUUUUUUUUUUUUUUAAAUUUAACGUUUACAUUAUUUUUCGUCACCCUAAUUUUUGUGGGUGAAACGACUGCCUACUUUUGAUUUUCAAAUAGCAACCUAUAUUAAAAUUUCUGUAAAUAGAUAUAGGGUAUUAGUUAAAAUUAAUGUUGGUGUUUAAAUGAAUUUAAUAUAAAAAUAUUUCAUCGACAGAUCGACGAAAUCAAAAAUUUCAACACCAAAAUUUAUUUUAACUAAUACUCAAGGUCAAAAGUAGACAGUCGUUUCACCCCCAGAAAACAGAGUGACGAAAAAUAAUGUAAAAUUUUAAAUUUAAGAGCCGUUUGUUUCUUAAAUUUUCGUAAAAAAUAAAAUUGAAAAAAGUAAAUACUUUCCAAUAUCUCCAGUUAAGUGUACCCACUUGAAUAGAUCACUCUAGAUGUACAAGGUAUCUCACAAAUAUACAUGCGUUGUAGUGAAUCCUGAGAUAUUAAAGAUAAUCAAAUUGUGUUUGUUUUUUUUUUUUUUUUAUAUAUAUAUACUACUUUUAGGGAUAAGGACUACAAACAUUUAGACAUUGAUUAAAUGUGUAUGUUUCGGUAAAAAAAUAAACAUUUUAUUUUAUUAUUUUCGAGCAAUUUGAAGGUAGCCAUUUUACAGAGUUUAUUCAUACGAAUAUUUUGACAUCGUAAUUUUUUAUUUUUUAUUAAAUUCGGGCUUUUUAAUAUUUUUUUAAAGUUCCGAGAAAAAAAAAGUGUACAGUCAAUUGCCCAUAAUAACAACAAUAAUACUCAGUUAGCAAAUACGAUUACAGCCUAUUGCAUAAUUAUAGGUAAUCGCGAAACAACAAUUAGUAUAGCAUAAUAAUUAUUAUUAUUACUAUGGCUAAUGUUGACCGAACGGUUUUUUUCUCUGUACUUCAAAAAUGUACAAAGAAUCACGUAUCAAUGAAAACAUCAAGUCGAAACACUAUAACAGACUCUAUAAAACGGCUAUCUUCAUAUUUGUCGUAAACAAUAAAACAAAAAGUCAUUUUUAUAAUUGUUUUACUAAAACAUACAGAUGAAAUUAAAAUAUACAUAUUCGUAGUCCUUAACUCUGUGAGUUUAUAUAUAUAUAUAAAAAAAAACAGAAUUAAAUUAUUAUUAUUAUUUCCGGAAAUAGUAAAAUGGGUAUCCUCGUGGGACACCUGUAUACAUAAAAAUAAAAAAUUGCUAGUUUGCAUGAGUUAGAACCUGAUUGUAACAAAUACUAUCCAACAAACGCAAAGGCAUCAAAUACUGUCAACAGCGAUGACGAAUAACAGGGUGAUUUUUUUUUUAUCAUGAACCAGCAAUUUCCUAGAAGGAUUUUAAGUGAAUUUGAUUUCUGUUUUUUUCGACCAUUAUGGAAUCGGUUAAACUUUAUUUUAAAACCAUUUUUAAUUGUUUACCCCUACCCCAUGUACCUAAUAAGUAUGUACUUUUGUUUUUCAAAUAGGAAAUUAGGGCACACAUUUGAACAGAGAAUAUUUUUCUAGACAAUUUGAUAUGCAUAACACUAAUAUCAGAUUCGCCGUUUAUGAAUUAAAACCGUUUAAAGUUUAGACUGGAGGAGUAGGGAAGGGUAAUAAAUUACAUGAUUGCACUCUACCCCACUCCUCCAGUCUAAACCUUAAACGGUUAUAACCUAUAAACGCUAAAUAUGUUAUUUAAGGUAUAUAUAUAGUGUAGGGGUAAAAAAUAAAAAAUGGUUUUAAAAUGAUGCUAAAUCGAUUCCAUAAUGGUUAAAAAAAAAAAAACAUCAAAUUCACUUCGAGGAAAUUGCUGGUUCAUGAUAAAAAAAAAUCCAUCCUGUAUAUUGAAGGUACCUAUACCAUUAAAUGAAUCCGAAUAUAUGUGAAACCAAUAUUCACCAAGCACAAAAUAUUUUUAUCCGUAUUUUUUUUUUUUUUAAACAAAUGCCACUAAAAUUUCUCGUCUAUAUGAAUAGAUCGUUGAAAUAAAUACAUUUGUCAAUGAGAAUAACCCUUAAUGUGAUUUUUAUUUUUUUAUCAUACGAGAGGGAGAGAAUCACGAACAUUGUUGUUACUAUCCUAUAAAAUGGUAUAAAUGGACUACUAUCCUUCUGCCUCUGCGCCCUACAAUAAUAUAUACAAAAGUGUCCCACGAAAAUAUACUCAUUGCAAAAUCUCCUGAGGUAAUAAAGAUAAUUCAAUUCUGUUUUUUUAUAUCACUCGCAGGGACAAGGACUACAAAUAUUUAUGUUUGAAUUCAAUUUUUACGUUUUGGUAAAAAAAACUAAAAAAAUAUAACUUAAUUAUUUUACUAUUAUUUUAAUUUUCGAAAAAUUUAAUAUUAACAAUUUUAAAGUUUAUUUUUCUGAAAAUUUUAAUUGUGAUUUUUAAUCAUUUUUUAAAGUUCAGAAAAAAUAUUUAUAAUUAUUCAGCAGGCUAUUCAUCACGUUCGCUAAUUGAUUAUUAUUACUGUGACUAAUUGACUGUACACAUUUUUCUUCGAGCCUUAAAAAAUGAUUGAAAAUCACAAAUUAAAACAAAAAAAAAGUUAAUUCUUCAAAAUGUUCGGAAGAAUAAACUUUAUAAAAUGGCUGUCUUCAAAUUUUUCUAAAAUAAAAAGUUAUUGUUUUUAGCUUUUAUUUUGACAGUUUUGCAGAGAGCGUACUUUUCGCAUUGUCCGCCAUUAGUGUCAUGACGAAAAACGCCAAAAUCAAUAUUGAUCAAAAUCACAGUAUAUAUCUGUGGCUUGGUGCAAGAAGGGCCAAUGUCACAUUUUGUGAUGGUUGGGAAAUGGACUUUGAAAUUUUAACUGCCCAUAUAAAAGUAAACGUUUGUGUAAUUUGCAAUUUUUACUGAAACGUAAACAAUUUGAGAUUCUAAUUGGAGCAAAGAAGCUUAUGUGGUUUUACAAAGUUGUUUUUUUUUUUUUUUAUCUGAGUUUUCUCAUCAAAUUUGGAAAACCUAAUUAAAAAAAACGGGACAACAUUAAACAAAUAUUUUUAAAGAAAAUAUAUAAACCCUAUUUAAUUAUUUUACUUUAGUAUGGCACAUAUAUUGUUAACAAAGUAUCAACUGAACUCCGCUCAGAAUCGUUUUUUCCCCUAUUAUCUUAGGACGUCUUUUUUUCUUUUUCUUUUUUUAUCGCUGAAGGUGAUCGCUAGAUCGUAUAGCAGUGGCGUGUAACCUAAGAUCCAAGUGUCGCUCAAGCAACACCUUAAUGAUGGAAGGGCGGGUAUUAAUAUUAUUAUUAUUAUGUUGUGUUGUAAUCGAGUAUUUUUAAAUAACAUGACAGAUAGUAAUGCUGCGCGACAAUGUGAAAUGUAGAUAUCUGAAUGCGAUCUUUUUUAUGGAUUCUUAAUUUUCUGGUGUACAUUAGUAUUGUUAUAUUUUUUUUUCUGUAUAAUUUUGCAAUCAUUACUCAGAGAAUAAUUUUUAAUAAAACAUUAAAAUCCGCUCGAAGUUUUACGGUACAACUAACAAUAGGAAUACAUUAUUAUCGACACUAUAUCGUUAGGUAUAACAAUAUUACGAGGGGUGAGUAAAAUUAUUUAUUUUUUUUUUUUUGAUACAUGUCACUGUCGUAUAGUAUCCAAAAAUAAUCACCGUGUACCCUAUAUAUAACGGGUACACGCGGCUUGAGGCAACGUGAACUUUCGUUGUGGAUUUAUACCGAGCAUAAUCUUAUAUACACUCGUAUAGCCUGCUGCACGCGCGCUUUUUAUGCAAAUCGUUUCGUUUGCGCAUUCAGCACCGAAACCGCCAAACGCAAUACCGCUGUUUUCGCUUCCUUAUUUGUUUUUUUUAUUCGCGAUAUUAUUCAAUGGGUAUCGCCAAUGGGUAACUUUUUAUCGCUAUACACGGGGACUGCAGCAGAGGUCGGUACCGCCGUGUUUAAACUUGAUCGCGUGCGUAUAAUAUGCGACGUGUAAAGUUACACCGUGCCAACAUACUGUAUAGGUAAUAGCAGAUAUACCUGUUAAUGUGUAAACCCGCGUCUUGUAAAUUUACACCUUUUGAAAAGUCGAAAUUUACUAAACUAUAGAUAUUUAUAUACAUGAGAUUAUUUGUAAUUUUAUCCGGUCGGACGCUGUUGAGUAUUGCCAACCUACGAUGUACGCGGUGUGAUAUUUACGGAAUACGUAAUCAAAUUGUAUAUUAUUAUAAUAGCAAAAAUUAUAUCGUAUGAGAUAGUAAAAAUUAUUUUAAAUUAGGAUGGAGGCCAGAAAUCAAAAAUGUCUUUUAAAAAGCAUCGUUCUCUAAGGCAUGUUUUCCACACGAAUUCUGCCAAGUACGAUUCCAGAACAUUUCUUUUGGUUUCACGGCGUUUUUUGUGUACCCGUGUAGCAGAACCCCACAACCUCUAAAUGUUUCGGGCGUGUGCCCCUGUGUCCGGAUCAACGAGUACUGUACAUACGAUAAAGACAUUUUGUUGACAGUUAUUGUGUUUGUCAGGGGAGGGGGGAGUCGAAUUAAAUUCUAGAGGGGACAUUUGUCCCCCCUGGAGUGUACCUGGAUUCAACACUGAAUAUGAUAAUUACAAUAAUAAACUCGCCAGUGUAACAAGUAUAGGUAUUAAUACUGUCGUGUCUUGUUUCGGGGGAACAGGUGCCGUACGAGGAGACGUCUUGCCUGGUGGAGGUGGACUGGGAGAACGGUUUCGUGGAGACGUCCGCCAAGGACAACAUAAACGUCGGCGAGGUGUUCAAGGAGCUUUUGACCCAGGCCAAGAUGAAAUACGACCUGGGCCCGUCCCUGCGGCGGAACUCGGCCCGGAGACAGUCGUUACCGUCCGGCGGCGGCCCGUCGGGACAGGCGUCCAUGGUGCCCACGCCGGCACAACUCGCGCAUUUGCAGAAAAAGGCCAGCGGCGGCGGCAGAGACGACUACGGCGGCGGCGGCGGCGGCGGCGGCAGCAAAUCGAAACGCAACUCGUGUUCGAUAUCGUAAACAAUAGUUAUUAUCAAACGAACAAUGUUAUUAUUACUAUUAGUAUUAUUGUUAUUAUCAUCGACGAAAAAUUAUAUCAACAAAAAAAAAAAAUAAUAAUAAUAAUAAUAAUAAUAAUAAAAUAUACGACUACCACUUACAGGGUGUAGAUACAUUAUAAUACGUAAUACACACGUAUAUAUUAUAAAUAAAUAUAAUAUAUGUAUAUCCGCGUAAGUACUAUAAAAUAAUAUAUCAACGACAAUAUAACUGUAUGCAUGUACACAGGCGUUAUUGAGGGUGUUAUUAAGGGGUAGCGAGUGGUACCCAGCCAUUUUUAUCGGGAUAGCUAGGCUACCCAAAGAGUAAUUUAGAAAAAAAAAAAAAAAAAAAAAAAAAAAAAUGAUGUAUAAUUUCUUCCUCGCUUUUUUUCUUAAUAUAAUCGCGCGAAUGGUAAUACCGUAUUGGCUUGUUAUAGCACAUCGAAUUUGAACACGUAUACAAAAAUCAGUCAACCUACUUACCUAUUAUAUUUCUAAACUUGUUUGAUAAUUUUCUGGACAAUUCUAUGGCCAGGAUUAAUAUUAAAAAUAUUACUCAAGACGUUCGCCACCCUUUGAUUUUACUUCAAACGACGCCUAUGUAUAUGUGUACAUUAUAGCGGUAUGAUAGAGCGCAUCGCUUGUACAUUAUUAUUCAGUCACUAUAGUCCGAGGGUUCGGGGUUCCGACCCCUCUCUUCGUUCGUCUUUUUUCCCCCGAGAGUACAGAAACGAAUUCAACGACGAGCAUCGUAACGAUAUUGUUGAAUUUGAUAUUUUAUAGAAAAGAAAAAAAAAAAAGAAACGCAAUCGAAUCGGUUGAAUAAUACAUUUGAAAACCGCCACACUCUCCCGCACCCGUAAUUAGUUUUCAGUUACGAUUCGUUUACGACUAUACUGCAACAUUAUAUUAUACAGUGUGUAGCCAAUGAGAAAUCAAUAAUAAUUCAUACGUCUUCGGUAGACCAACGAAUAAUAAGGGCCAAAGUCAAUUUUCUGUAGUUUUUUCGAUACGAGCGAAUCUCCAAGUGGCGUAAUGGCAUAACCGCCAAACCGGAAUGGUUCGUAUAAUAAUUGUACAACUCGUGUCAUUUUCGACAAUCAGAAAGUAGCUACAUGAUCGUAUUCUAUUGUAGUGUGAACGACGAUAUUUUCGUUUUCAUUUUUCAGCAUAACGUGUGCUAGGAUAUACAUUUAAUGAUACGCAUAUGCCGUUUAGACCGGAAAAAUAAAGGGACAAAAUUGCAUAGGAUAAAAUAAUUUAAAAAAAAAAAAAAAACAAAUACCCAAAAAUUGACUUGGACCCUUCCUGCCUAUAGGACAAAAGGUGUACGUAUAUUUCCCCGCGUAUUUCGUGAAUUUUGACCGCGAAUUAUUAUUAUCAAUUAAUCGCGCGUUUUGUUAUUCGCUAUCCUUUUCAGGUCACAACCGUGAAAUCGUGUGCGAUCGCGUAUACCAUACGCCGCCACACGUAUUGGAGAUGAAAAAGUGUUUGUAAAUUUUAAAUGUAUAACCCUGUAUAUUUGUUGUGUGCGUCUAUAAACUUCAGACUUACUGGGAACGGAUUUCCGAAUCGAAAGUUUUCAGAGGCGACUUUGAACGUGUGCAAACCGUUAUAGACGAGUCGUAAAUUCCAUGCGGACGUCGGUUCGAAUCUUUCACGGGUACGAAAAUUCUCGACGCACGGCAGCGCACUAGCUGCUUAAUUCGUUCAUCGAUGGGUACCGUUUGUAUAUACACAAUAACUUUCUCGUUUCGCGACGGCGACCGGGUCGUUUUCAUACCGCGUGCAGAGCGGCGUGAUCGGGAGAGGGGCGGAUUGUGUAACCCCGGUGGUCCCUGUCGAAAAUCAAAAGUGUUUGAACGACGCGCGCGUGUGUUUUCCCAAUUUUCCAAUAUAAAAAUAUAAAAUCGUAAAAAAAAAAAAACAAUAAAUAAAUUUUGAUCUUCGUAGUCGAGCUGGGGGGACUCCCCCCGUCGUGUCCCCUCCGGCUGGGGGCGCAAAUUAGGAACAAGUUUAAUGAAAUCGCCCAUACUUUGUUUGUUGCAUAUAGUGAAAAAUCUAGCGGGCACGGUAAUUAGCAGGGCUCGUAACUUUCAAGCGUUUGCGUAUUUGUUUAGAGCGAUCUUAGAGAUGCUUAUGUGAGCUGUAAAUUUAUUUCAGGAAAUCACGAAGCUGUAGGUUUAAGUUGCGUAUUGUUGCACAUUUCGAAGUUUAAAUGCUAUUUCCUUAUUUUGUGUGUUAAGGUUAACACCAUUAUUUCGGUACAAUUUUUACAUACUUAGAUUUUCCACGACAUUUAAGUAGUAUCCUGUGACGAUAACUAAUUCAUUAAUUACUUUGUUUUUCAAAUAAAAACCUACAUUUUUUGAUGUAAAUUUUUUUUUCUUUUGAAAAUAUUGACGUAUUUUAAUCGAUAUUUAAACGAUAUAUUUCUGAGCUAUUCUGCUUCAAAUACUAAGGAUAAUAGUCGUUUAAAAAGGGUAGGAUACCAGCUGUUUCAUGUUCAUCGAUAAUUUCCCGUUUUCCUUCGUGAAGUUAUUAUCGAUUCGUACCUAUUUAAAGUAAAAUAGUAACUCGGACAUUUUCCGUUCCAAUUUCGAUUAAAAUACUUCAACAUUUUUGAAAAAAAUCACACGAUUGACAAUUUCCAUUAAAAACAUGUAGGUUCUCAUUAGAUAAACAAAAGUUAAUAUUGUCACAGGACGCUCCUUAAGUGUUGUAAAAAAUCUAAGGAUUCGAAAUUAUCGUCUUUCGCUACACUAAAAAAUUCCAAGUAUCGGAAUUUGAAUUUAUUCAUGAGUCAACCAUAAAAAUGUAUUGAGCACUAAGCAUGCUUAAAAAUCACCGUCUAUAUUAUUAUAGAUAUUUAAAAAAAAACCGCCAGUGGUGGAAAUCGAUCGACGUCUCUUUUGGCUGAAAAAAAGGGGGCGAGGUUCGUCUUGAGAGCGGCGAGAUGUUUUUUUUUUUUUUUUUCUCAAUAGUCCGGUAGUAUUCCGAACGGACGGCCCGAAACGGGGAGCCGUGGGCGCGCCUCGCGGCUGACGUGCGUUCCGCGUCCACGGAAUACCGUUGUUGUGCCCGGAACGCGAUUGAAUAGGUGUUGCUGUUAUUAUUUGUGUUUUUUAAAAGCCGUAGAGGCACGCGACCGUUGCGCGGCGCACGAUUCGCGAUCACGACAAUCCGCUACGAGACGACGGUGCCCUUUUACGAUUACGCCGAAAUUACGAUUUCGGAUUCUAAACCGUAAUAUUACGGUAGCCGGGUGUUGCGCGUUGAAAAGCGAACGAGUCGCGUUCACGUGUAGGGGUGGUUGCCGGCCAGGGAUGGUCGGAUACUCAGACAGGCGCAAUGGCUUUUUUGUUACAUUCGGUCGUCCCGGAUUACAAAAACGGCGCAGACGGUCCGCCGGACAGUCACCGGCCUCCGGGGGGGGGGGAGGGGGGGUCCGUAAUAAUGCCGUUCCGACUUUCAUCGAACAGCUAACUAAUACGGAACAAUUUCAAAUCCGAUAGCCUUUGAAAGGCAAACAAAUAUAGGGCGGGCGGUGCGAGAGAUUUAUUCGUUUCCGGAAAUUUUCGAAAAACCGUGUUUGUAUAACGGACAUUUUUUUUUUUUUUUGAUUUGUAUCAAACAAUAAAUUACAAUAUACAAUUGCGUUCCUUUCAGAAAAAAAAAAAACAACAACAACAACCUUAUAGCGAUGUAUUUUUAAUUGUUGCAAAAAAAAAAUGUUUCGAACGAAACAAAAAGUAUCGCGUUUGUUCGACCGCAUUGAAACGGCCUAUGCCCAUGUAACUUAUUCCUAGUAACGUAGCUCGUAUAACUGAUACGAAGGGGAGUACUCGGAGGUUGUUCGGUCAUCAGAGUCAAAUGCUCCGUAAAACGAAUGCAACGGAAAUCGUGAGAGUGUACUACACAAAUCGAUGGACCGAAGUCGCGUCCGUUCCGUCGAAAAUCGUAAAAACUAUUGCGCGUCGUUAAUUGUCAUAUUGUUGCAUUGCCACGGCCAUUAGACGCGCCGACUACCGUUGCGUUGCGGUUACGUACGCCUGUUCAACGUUUAAAAUUGCGUGUAAAUAUUUUUCAUUUCCAAACGUGUCGUACAAUCCGAAUGUAAAAAAAUUCUCACAAAAAAACAUAACUGAGCGAAAUGAAUUACCAUGUCGUGUACUUGCAUUUUGAUUAAAUAAAAUUAUUGUUUAUCGAUUUUCCCGCGUUUGGUCUGUAGAAUUUGAUUUGAUUUUUUUUUUUUUCAUUUAGCCGUACACGAGUUUCAAUACCGUACAUAAUAUACUCGUCUAUUAACCGGAAAACCGUAAUAUUAAGAUACCCAGCUAAAUCACGAUAACGCGUUCGCGUGUACAAUUCGGUAUGAUAUUUUGUAUAAUUCCGAGCAAAUUGUAACAUUUUUUUUUUUUUUUUUUAGCCUGUUUAUAUACAAUAACAAUACAUUGCAUUAUUAUAUUACAUAUACAUAUAUAUAUAUAUAAUUGUUAUUUUUCAAAAUCUUUGAAUAUUACCUCUGUUGUAUUAUUAAAAUAAUAUAUAGUAUCUGUGUGCGUU